CGGGAGAGUGAGACAGCCUGAGAUACAGGAAGAGACAGCCUGGGGCACAGAGUGAGACAGCCUGGGAGACAGAGUGAGACAGCCUGAGACACAGAGUGAGACAGCCUGGGGCACAGAGUGAGACAGCCUGAGACACAGAGUGAGACAGCCUGGGGCACAGAGUGAGACAGCCUGGGAUACAGAGUGAGACAGCCUGAGACACAGAGUGAGACAGCCUGAGACACAGAGUGAGACAGCCUGGGGCACAGAGUGAGACAGCCUGAGACACAGAGUGAGACAGCCUGGGGCACAGAGUGAGACAGCCUGGGAGACAGAGUGAGACAGCCUGAGACACAGAGUGAGCCAGCCUGGGGCACAGAGUGAGACAGCCUGGGACACAGGGUGAGACAGCCUGGGGCACAGGGUGAGACAGCCUGGGGCACAGGGUGAGACAGCCUGGGACACAGGGUGAGACAGCCUGGGGCACAGGGUGAGACAGCCUGGGGCACAGGGUGAGACAGCCUGGGGCACAGGGUGAGACAGCCUGGGGCACAGGGUGAGACAGCCUGGGGCACAGGGUGAGACAGCCUGGGACACAGGGUGAGACAGCCUGAGGCACAGGGUGAGACAGCCUGAGGCACAGGGUGAGACAGCCUGGGGCACAGGGUGAGACAGCCUGGGGCACAGGGUGAGACAGCCUGGGGCACAGGGUGAGACAGCCUGAGACACAGAGUGAGACAGCCUGGGGCACAGGGUGAGACAGCCUGGGGCACAGGGUGAGACAGCCUGGGAUACAGGAAGAGACAGCCUGGGACACAGAGUGAGACAGCCUGGGAUAUUAAGAUAAAGAGACAGUUUGGGAUAAAUCAAUGUGUCAGGGAUGAUUUCUUUGUUGAUUCUAUUAGAUUAUUCACUAGUGUUGGUUGUUAUGAUUCAGAAUUGAAUGUUAAAUUAUUGGUAACAGAGACAUAAGGAAUUAUUUCUGGUGUUUUUUUAUGUAGAUAAUUAGAUGAUAAUAAGUUUGCCAUUUACAGAUGUAACAUUUAGUUACAGUAUUUCACAAUCUUUUUCUUUCAGGAACCCCCAUCCCCAGAGAUAACACUUCACAAUGGCAGACACCGAACCCCACAUUAUGGUGAGCAGACUGGGCUAGGCUAAUAGAUCUAUUCUAGUUUUUUUCCUUUUAUUGUUAACAUUUCACACUAUACUGACUAACAAUGUUUUAGGUUCAGUUUGGAGAAUAACACCAUUAUGGAAUAUUUUAUUAAAACAUGAUAGAUAUCGCGUGCCUUUAAAUUGUGUAUGUUUUGUCUCAAAAAUAAAUAUAUCUGUUUUGUUCAAGAAUUUUACUGUUUGCGUUGAUAGCUAUGGGUAAACAAAUGAGAAUUUAGGAUUUUGGGGAGUAGCAGUCAGAGGCCUCAGCUCGUGCAUUGGAGAUUUCCUAUUGGUUUGUUUCAGGCCAAAAUAUACAAGCUAAAAACCUUCCCAUUGGUCAAAUUUGGCCUAAGCAAAACUAUUGCAACUCCCUUCUCACAUCUCUAUAAUUCCCAAUUUUUUCAGAGUAUAUCCUUGUGGGCCGUAUUCAUUAAACUUUGAGUUAUUUGAGCUGAAUUAUAAAAUUAGUCUAUAAUAGCGAAAUUGUGAACCUCGGCUAUAGCCAUAAUUUGGCCGUAUUAGCCUAAAUUUUGUAAUUUGGAUUUUAGUUUGCGACAGUCGGGUGUUUUUUAAAUAAACCUUUUGAGUGUACAUAAAUGUACAAAGGUGACUUUUCGCCGAAUGAUCGCAGCAAUGUCUGUUUUUACUUACAGUAACACUGUAGGCAGCUUAACCAGUUCAACAGAUUGAAGUGGCUACGAUGCCUGGAUUUCAUUGACGCCGGGUCCUGCAUCACUGCUAAAUGAUAUAUUCUCCAUUUAACAGAGUCUUGCUCACCCAUAACUUGCCUUCCAAUUAUGAAAUUUUAGAGGCGGAGCUAAGUUUUGGUUCACGCCAUACCAGCAAGAACUGAUAGGCUGGGAGUGUCAGCUGAGCGUUCUCAGCUAAUCACUGCCCUAAGACCUGGCAUGAAUAGGAGUGGGGUGGAAAUAUAUCUCUGCCUCCUCCGUAUCGUAGUUGGGUACCAUGCUGCAGUCUGUCGAGUCCAAGAAUCUCUACUAAAUGAUGAAAACAUUGAUGGUGACCCAGAGCCCAUAGACUCCAGGCUCCAUAACCCAGGGCCGCCAUCCGGGCAUGAGGCCUUGAGCUGUGUAAAGGGCCUCAAAAUAUCUGAUGGCAGCUCUGCCGUAACCAAUUUAAUUUGUUGUUAUUAUCGUGUCUACUGUGCUCAUUUAGGAAUGUGUCAGGUGAGUUGUUAUAAUAUCUUUUUACAAAAUCAGCUUGUUAAAUAUUGAAAACUCAGUGCUUUGUACUGCUAGCUGUUGAUUUAUGAAAUCAUAACCAUUUAUAGUUAUUAUGCUAGUUAUGUAAGACGACAGGUAACUUUCACUUUUUAUGUUCCUUAGGCGGGAAUAAUUUUAUACGCCUAUGAUAAAUAUUAUCGGCAUGUCCAAAACCUAGCAAAAGAAGGACUCAAGAAGUAUAGUAAUGAUCCAGUACUUCAGUUUUUCAAGACUUUUGGCAUCCUUAUGGAAGGUAAUUGAAAACCAAUGCACGCACAAGGCAAUAUUAUAUAAUUUAGCGAUUGAUUUUAUAAGAUAUCCAUGCAUUCCGAAGGUCACCAUUAAAAUAGUUUUGCUUGAGUGACUCUGUAAUGGUGCUGCACUCAAUGUUUUAAUUAUUGUUGCCAGGGUGUUUAGCUUUAAUUUCAGGGGUUACUGAUAGUCAUGUGACGCUUAUUGCUUUAUUCAGUAAAAUACAAUUAUUGUGAAUGGAAAACCAAAUUGCAACAUUUAGGCUGAAUGGUGGCUGAUUAUAGUAGUCGGAGUAGAACAUUUUACUGUGAGGUUUUCAUUUCGCUAUAAUUCAGUUUUAAAUGAGUAAACUUUUUAGAGUUAGGGGUGACAGUGAUACAGGUUAGAGCUGGGCUUUGUAACACUAGACCACAGCAGAGCAGUAACUGGGCUGGAAGUAAGUUAAAUGGAGCUGCAUUAUAAAUAGAAUAUUACAUUUUUUUAGUAGUCUAAGUUUUCUGCUUCAGAGAGAACCUAUAGGCCUGAAAAUAACAAUUGCUAUUUCGGUAACGUAGGUUCCCUUAUAUUGCUGCCAGCACACAGCUUAGCUUUGUAAAAUUACAGUAAAGUUUACUCACCUCUUUCAGCCCUACAAUCUACAGCUCUUCCUCCGGUGAUGACAGCAAGCAUCAUCAUUUGAUCUUGUCCAUCUCAUCUCAUAGAGAAGCAUUUGAUUUGGAGAGCAGUGCUAGACCAAGUGCUACUCAUUUAUGGAGAUGUUGGCACCUCUAGUGGCUAUCAGAAAGACAGCCACUAGAGGCUUGCUUUACCUUUUAAAGUAAACAUUCCUAUGUUUACAAAACAGCAUUUUUUUUACAUUAAAGGGUUAAAAGUACAGGACCACUGCAUCCAGACCACUGAUUGAGUUGAAGUUUGACUUUAUUGGUCCUUUAAACACCUCAAGUACCAUAACAACUAUAGGUGCCCCUUGUACUCCCCCAAUGUACAGUUUAAGAACUGUUUGACAACUGCCUGCUUCCACCUCCUGUUCAGACCAAAGCUCUUGCAUGGCACUUCCAUUAGCUCCCCUGACAACUCCAGUGCAAAGCUGAGGAGGAUGUGGUGGUGUUCUGGUGAAUGUCAGGUAAAUUUAAUGGUUUAGGUAGUCAAACUGUUUAUCUAUUUGAAGUGGGAGGGUGCCAGGGCACUCUUAGCACCAUAACCACUACUGCAUGCUAUAAUGAUUAUGUUGCUUAGAGUGUUCCUUUAACUUUGUCAUGAGAUUAGUUUUGAGGGGUUGUUUAAAAAGUUGUGAAACUAAAAUUCGGUGGUAGUGCGUUCCAGAGAUCAGUGAAGGUCUGACAGAUUUGUGUUGGGUUUAUCCUAUUACUACUAUGUAACUAUGGGCUCGAUUUAAUUCUUUUGGGUAAGAUUUUCAAAUUAUCACAGUCUGUGAUGGCAACAAAUGAUUUAUAUACAGAAAUCACCAUUAAAGGCUAAGGGAAUUUUUGUAGAUAAAUUAUUAGAAGAGUUUUUCUAACAGAUUGUGAUCAUUUGAAAAGCCUUUCCCAAAUAAUUAAAUCAAGUUGUCAGUUGGAGAAUUUUUCACAACCAAAUUCUGCAGUUCAUUGCCCUACUGCAGAUGUCCUUUAUUGAUAAGGGCCGAUAUUUAUGAGGUAGCAGAGCGAUGGAGAGUUUUGUGAGUCAGCGUCCGUUUACAUUUUAUUUUUGAUGCACCAUACAGAUUAUAUAUUCAUUAUGAAAAUGUGUAAUCCUUUCUGCUUUUAUUUAUCUGCAGACCGUGUACAGGAUGCCAUUCGAGAGCUGGAAUAUAUCAAGGAUAUCCCAGAUACCUCUCUGUGUGCUACCAUGGCACUAAUCUAUGCUCACAAAAGAAAUGAAAGCAUUGGUAACAGCAUCUCAAUUAAUACCUGAUGCAUAUUUCCUCUAAGAUUCUCUUAUCACUAUGCAUGUUGUAUCUGAUGUAACCAGGCAUUUAGAAAGCAAUUGUGUAAUCAGCAGCCAAAGGAUCCAUCACACAUAUCACCACUGCUGCCACUUUACAAAGGUGUUUCAAGCCUCUAGAAUUUGAUGCCUGAGUUACUUAGAACCUAUUUAUUCAUAGGAAGGUAUUCAGCUAUGAAACAGGUGACCACCCACAACCUGUAUGCAGAGGAGCAAGGUCCGUGGUUGUACUGAUAUGGCUUGCAGCAUUGGUUUAUUGGUACAGAAACCAUUUCAUUCCCAAUUUGUCUGGUAUUGGCUGAGCCUGUAACAAUUUAAGUAAACAUCACAUUUAAUCUAUUUUUAGCUUUGUACACACAAUGUCCCCCAGAUCUUUGUGUACAUUUAUUUGACAUAUAUGACAGGUUUGACAUAUUAAUUAAUGUAUUAUAGUUUGAAAAACAUACAUCUCUAUAGAUUGGGCUGAGAUUGUCUUACUAAGUGUAUUCAAUGGAAAUUCACCCUCAUUUACAGUGACUCUAGCACUUCAGGUUGUGCCAAUACCUCCACUAUCACCACCUGGACCAGACCUGCCGCUGUGCAUUUCUAAUUUUCAUCAUAGACCUUCGCAGUGGCAGGGGUGACAUUAAAUUGAAAUAAGUUCAACAGACCCUCCUUAACUCAUUUUAGAGGAAUAGUGGGGAAUUUAAGAAUCCAGUGAUGGUUAAAUUUGAUCUGUCUGAGUGUCAUAAGAAAUUACAUUCAGGAACGGAAGAAGGUGAAUACUGGCAGAAUCAUUCUCUUUUUGAGAAACAUGUCUGUAUGUGAAUGUUGCAACCUUCUGACUUUCUUUUUCUCUUUUUCAGAUAAUGAUGCCGUUUCAGAAUUAGAAAAUAAGAUGAAGGAAUGCAGGAAAACAGCAGGGGAAAAGGCCUUGUAUUAUGCAGGCCUGUUCCUGUGGCUAUUAGGCAGAGGUGACAAGGCCCAAGAGUACAUUGAUAGGAUGCUCAAAAUAUCCAACAGGUCCAAAGAGGUAAGGAAGGGUUCAUUGCCAUGGUAACUUUGGAACUGGGUACCGGCAAGAAUACACUAACUUUCAUUUCAUGGAGUAUUGUGCACGACAACAUCAAAGGUGUCAAACUAUCUCUGAAUAGGCAAAAUAACCCCGUUAUAAUUUGUACAGAUUGAAUGAACAACAUGUUUAACAUGUGGAUGGAUCAGCAUAAUAUGCCAUCAAUAUGCCUUCCCGUUUACCUGAAGCUCAUUUUCAGCGUACACUACAUGGACUAAACUACGUUGUCUUAAUUAGUGAAUUCAGGUGUUUCAAUCAGACCCAUUGCCACAAGUCUAUAAAGUAGAGCAUUUAGCCAUGUAGUCUGCAUUUGCAAACAUUUGUGAAAAAAAUGGGUCGUUCUGAAGACCUCUGUGAAUUCCAGCAUGGUAUUGUGUUAGGACGCCAACUUUGCGAUAAGUCAGUUCAUGAACUUUCAUCGCUGCUAGAUAUUCCACGGUCACCUAUAAGUGGUAUUAUUGGAAAGUGGAAGCGUUUAGAAGCAGCAGAAACUCAGCCACAAAGCUGGGAAACCGAGUAAAGUCACAGCGUGUGGUCACUGAGUGCUGAGGUGCAUGGUGCAUACAAGUUGCCAAUGCUCUGCUAAUUCCAUAGCUGAAGAGUUCCAUACUUCCACUUGCAAUAAUAUGAGCAGGAAAACUGUGGCCGAGCAGCUGCAUGCAAGCCUCACAUAAACAAGUACAAUGCCAAGCGUUGGAUUGAGCGGUGUAAAGCAUGCCACUGCAGCAGUGGAGUGACAAAUCAAGCUUGUUGCCAUGGUGUAAUGGUCAGGUGUCCCAAUACUUUUGUUCAUAUAGUGUAGGUUGAAUUGAGUUGUUUUUUUUUUUUUUUUUUUUUAAAGAUCUGUUUAGAGGAAAACAUCUCAGACCAGUCCCUCUGGAAACCAAUGAAAUAUUCCUGCGCAUUUUCAACUUUUAGAAUUUUUUCCCAGAUUUGCUCAUUAUCAAUAACUCCAAGGUGUCAAUAUCCAUUGUAAGAAUACAGAUAGCAUCUGCCAGCUGCACAGUGCAAUUAACGGUGGGUUUGCACGCAAACUAAUGCUUUUCAUGUGCCUCUAAUUUGAAAAAUUGGGAUUAUCAGCCCUUUUCAACCUGCAGUACUGUGUUUGACCACAGAGGGCAGUACUUUACUACAUAUAUUGUUCUUAUGCUUUUGCUGAAUUUCCUAUGCAGCCCUUUAAAAGGAUACUCUAAGCAUCAAAACAACUUUAGCUUAAUUAAACAGAUUUGGUGUAUAGAUCAUGCCCCCUACAAUCUCACUGCCUAAUUCUUUGCCAUUUAUGGGGUUAAAUAACUUUUGUUUCUGUUUAUGCAGACCUGACUACACCUUCCCUGGUUGUGACUCACACAGACUACAUGAAAAAGUGGAUUCAUAAUCAAUCCGAUCUGGCAGCACAGUGUGUUUGCUUUAGACAUUUUUACCUGCUCUGUUCAUUGAACAACUCUAAUCACACAGGAGGCUGUUGCAGGCUAUUAACAGAGCAGGAAGUAGUACAUCCAAAAUAAACAGACUGUGGAAUAAAGGAUGUUUAAAAAUUAGAUCUCUCUUUACAGGAAGUGUGUAGGAAGACUUUGUAUGUCACAUGCAGGGAGGUGUGACUAGGGCUGCAAAAACAAAGUGAUUGAACUUGAGCAGUGAGACUGCAAGGGCUUUAAGCUAAAGUUGUUUUGGUGCUUAUAGUGUCCCUUUAUUGACAUCUAACUUUAUUAGGAUAAUAACUAUUUGUUAGAUAAUCACUUCUAACUAAUUAAGUUCAUGCACAUGAAUGUCACUCCCAUUAAGAGAGUCAUGCCUUAAUAAUGUCAUGAUUAACUCUCGUUCCCAAAAAUAACUUUACCUGGCGGAGUCUAGCAAGAAAGCAGAAAACCUUUCUCUUUGGUGGCUCAGAUCAUUCAUCAUUGCUCCUUUACCCCUUAAUGACCAAACUUCUGGAAUAAAAGGGAAUCAUGACAUGUCACACAUGUCAUGUGUCCUUAAGGGGUUAACUAACUCUUUCUCUAAGGUAGUGAAAGGUGGUACAGGUCCUGAGACACUGAGGUCUUGCCCCAGCUGCUCCCUCUGAGAGCCCCACUGCUAAUGAGUCUGUUUGAAAUAAAUAAUGUGCGUGACAAAUCUUUUUUGAAUGCAGCAUUCCAGAGCAUUUGUGGUAGCCCAGAGCUAAUUCCUGCCAACCCGAUUCUUGCAGUAUAUAGGCGUUUUGUGAUUGAAACAAUGAAAGUCAGAAGUCCAAUAAAAUAAUAUUUUUUUCCCCAGGGGCUGGUGCUCAAAGGAUGGCUGCAGCUAACAUCUAACAAGAAAACAAAUGUUUCAAAAUGCCUGAAAUACUUUGAAGAAGGCAGUCAAGGAGUUAGAGAUAUAUUUGGGAUAAUUGGAAAGGUAAUAUUUAUUUUAUGAUGAGUAAAUCUAAAUAUUUUUAGUUAUCCUUGCUGCUUCUUUACCAGCUGGAGUAAAGGUAACUUUUACCCACAAGGCAUUAAAGGCAAUACAUUAUUGAUUAUUGAUCCUAUGGACUGUAAGCUCGUUUGAGCAGGGUCCUCUUCAACCUAUCGUUCCUGUAAGUUUUCUUGUAAUUGUCCUAUUUAUAAUUACAUCCCUACUCUCAUAAUAUUGUAAAGCACUACAGAAUCUGUUGGCGCUAUAUAAAUGACAAUAAUAAUAAUAUGUCAUAAUUGAUAGAUCUACAUAAGAACUGAAAUAAGUUUAAACACAGUAUGGCCAUAUUGGUAACUAAAUUGGCAUUAUUUGCUUCACAAAUGUGAUUUUAAGAAGCCGUUUUAAAUUUGGAGCUGUAUUGGUUGUGUAUGCACUGGAACCUUGAAGUGAAAGUUUAACCUGGCAUAGGGACGUACUUAACCUGCCAAUCCCCUCACCCAUAUAUUAAAUUACAAUAUGAAUACUAUGUACCCUGGUUAUAGUUCUGUACUCCUAUCAGAACUGUGUGACCUUGGGCUACUAAAGUUCCUGGACACCUAAUCUACACAGGCCCCAAAUUUAAAGGAACACUAUAGGGUCAUAAACACAAACAUGUAUUCCUGAAGCUAUAGUGUUAAAACCACCAUCUAGCCCCCUCCUUACCUUCCAAAAUAUAGUAACAUCUUACUUGUAUUUAAAGUCUGCAGCUGCUGCCUCUGCCCAUGAUUUGCCUGCUUGGCUGACUUUUUUUAGAAGUGAUUUUCUGAGCCAAUCACAAUGCUUUCCCAUAAGAAUGGCUGAGACUGUCAAGGAGGGAGAUCAGGGUCAGAGCCAGCAAAAUUCAAACACAGCCCUGGCCAAUCAGCAUCUCCUCACAGAGAUGCAUUGAAUCGUUAUGAGGAAAGUUCAGUGUCUCCAUACAGAGGGUGGAAACACUGAAUGUCAGUCACACUGUGCAGUACUUCCCAGGAAUCACCUCUAGUAGCCAUCUGAGGAUCGGCCAGUGGAGGUAUCACUAGGUUGUAAUAUAAACACUGCAUUUCUCUGAAAAUACAGUGUUUACUGCAAAAAGCCUGCAGGGACUGAUUCUACUCACCAGAACAAAUACAAUAUGCUGUAGUUUUUCUGGUGACUAUAUAGUGUCCCUUUAAAAUGAUUGUAUAUUCCCAGCUAGCCCCGUAGUGCCUCUUUUUAACAAAGUGGUUCCUAAACAUGAGUAACUUUAAAAAAAUUAAUAAAUACAUGCUUACAAUAAAGAUCGUUGUCACUAAAUCCCCUGAGAUUGAUUUUUUCCUGGCAUAUAGCGGCAUUACAGAAGGGAUGAUCUACUUCAGGUGGAUGAGUAGCCUCUAUAAAAAGAAAUCUAAAUUAUUUGAUAACUCCCCCCCCCCCCUUUAUACCUUAACCCCUUAAGGACACAUGUCAUGAUUCCCUUUUAUUCCAAAAGUUUGGUCCUUAAGGGGUUAAAUAACAUCCCUUGGUACACAAGCCCCAGUUCUUACUUGUUUUAUGUGCAGUACGGACAGGAGCCUUUUCGAAUGUUAUGUCAGGUGAAGUGCACUGUCUGUUACAUGGGGGAAUGGCCAGAUAGUUCCCUGGGCGGAGAACUGAGGCAGGCGGCGGGGAGCCUGCAGUAUAUUCAGCUCCUUUUUUAUUACAAUUGACACACAGAAAGUACUAGGAGCAUUGAAGGUGGUCCCAAGAGGUGCGCCUCUGAUCAGGCAGACAUGAAGUCUGCGCACAGCAGUGUAAUGCACGCCCAGGUGGCCUUUGCUUUCCACUGGGUUUUCGAUCACGCUGCUGCGCAUGCACAGUCGGAAUUCUGUUUUGUGGCACCAGUUUUGCAUUUUAGUUAACUGCCUAUUAAGGCUGUGAUUAUCUGUCUGACAGCAAGGGUGCUUGUCAGUAUAGGAAUACCGUGCCACACCACACGAGGUCUUUAAAGCGGCACUGUCAUGCCGAAUCUCGGUUUUUUUUUUUUUAACCCCCCUCCCGCCUCCACUACAUCCAAUUGACCCACUAGUCACCCCCAAAUGCCCCUAAGCCCCCCACAUUACCUAUUUUUUAAUCCUUAUUUUCUGCCCCGAUCUAUAUUCAGGGCGCCGCCAUCUUUGUGUGGGUAGAUGAAGUCCCUGUGGGACCCGUCAUCAGCCCACACUAGGCAGACUGUGAGAUUCCCGCACAUGCCCAGUGAAACACCUGGACAUGCGAACGGGAAUUUCAUCCAUUCAUUCAUCAGACAGACGAAUGAAUGAAUAGAAAGAUCAGCCAAACAAACAAACACAAUGUAUCAGUGUGUGUUUGUUCGUUCAGUUUAUUACAAGGAGGGAGCUACCGGCACGCAGCUCCCUCCUUGUAAUAUGUAACUAUAGAAGCGGCAGGGAGCAGUGCUCCCCACCACUUCAUAAGCCCCCCCCCCCAGGUCCCCCUCUCACUCUAUGGGGGUCAAUAUGACCCCCAUAAUAGCACAAGGGAGCUUAAAAUCUCCCAAAUGCCCCUACUCGCUAUACCGCGUAGGGGCAUGUCUACUAAACAGUGAGCAGCCUGUUUUUUUUUUUUUUUUACAGGUUAGUUAUUGUAAUACCCGGGGGGGUAUUAUUUUUACAGUGAGCAGCUAUACGCUGCUCACUGCUUACUACACAUGCCCCUACUCGCGAUAUAGCGAGUAGGGGCAUUUAAUUUACUAAUACUAAGUAAUUUUUACUUAGUAUUAGUAAAUGUGGCUGAAAGACCAAUUGAGGUCUUUCAGCCUUUUAGUAGAUAACUCCCUGAUACCGUGGGAAUUAGGGAGUUAUCUACUAAGCGGCUGCAAGAUGCAGACGCGGCAAUGAAUAGGAUCAGAGUUUCAUUAAUUAGAAUGAAAUUGCGAUCCGAAUAAAGUGCCGAAUUGCGUUCUAAAACAAACGAACAUACUGUUGUCAUUCAGUUAGAACGCAAUUCGGCAGUUUUCUGUAAAGUGAAAGGAAGCAUUGUGGGAACACUGGGGAAAGCUAGGGAUCAUGGGAAAAUUGCUCUGACCAGCGGAAAUGAAGCACACUUUGCUCCUCCGCUGGUCAGAGCUGGUCAAGCGGAGGAAACCUCCAUAAGGCAAAGAGUCCCUACUUUGUCUUAUGAUUUUAAAGAAAACUAAAGAAGACAGGAAGAAAAGAAUAACAGAUCCUGAGAGAGGGGGAGAAGAGGAAGAGAUUGAGGAAAGGUAAGUUCGGCAUGACAGUGCCGCUUUAAGGUGAGGAGUAUUCCCUUUCUAUUUUUACAUAGUCCUCAUAGAGUUUCUUCAUUAUGUUUUACAGAUGUCUAGUCCUGUCUCCCCAGAUAAGAUUGAUAAACCAGACAAACUUGUUACUACUGCUCCAGUUUUGUUACUCUUGCAAAACUAUAAUUACCAAUAUGGAUAACAUACUCUCCUGGAUCCCAGGGUGCAACCUGGCCUGAGGUUGGCCAGUCCUCACAAUCUGAUUUGCAAAAAUGUUAUGAUGGUCCAGGCACUCAAGUUUAAUCCAGUGGGCAGAUUUAUUGCAGCAGAAUCGAAACAACGUUUUGGCCCACAACAGGGCCUUUGUCAAGCUUGCACUCUUGCAAAACUAAGCAUCUAGCUUGUAGCAAAUGUGCCACCAGUCUGCCGGCUAACUGUAAGAAAAAGAUAUGUAACCAGUGCUCGGCAGAAGCCUUUGAAGAAGGCUAAACAAAUGAAGAUGCAUACGUUUCUCAACUUGUUCCAGGAGAAUCUCUCCCAAACCUUCGAGAUAUAUAAGGAAACAGCAGUUAAAUCUAGAGAUUCUACAGAUCUAGUAAAGGAAGGCAAAGACAGAGAGGUCUUCAUCAUCUUCUCAUUUGUCGUCUGGUGAAUGCUGCCAUUACUCUUGGUCAGAAGUCUCUAGCCAAGAAUCUAUACCUGAUUCAGUUUUUCCAGUGGAGGAAUUAAACACAUUUGUUAAAGAAGUGGUGGCUGUCAUACAGGAAGGAGAGAUGCUGCAGAAGUAAGGGAAAGGCUUUUUAGUACAUCCAAGAUUCUUGAGUCAUGUCAAUCUAGAAUGGAAAAACCCAGAGAAAAAUGCCUUUAUUUCUUAACAUGUCAAACAUAUUUACAAAUUACAAGAUUUGGAAAACUGUGAAGAAUUGCCCAAGGUAGAUGUGCAGGUCACACAGUUAUCCAAAAAAACACCAUUCCCAUUGUUACUGUCUGGCCUCCAGAAUCCAAUAGACUAGCGAGCAGAGACUUCCUGCAAGAGAACCUUUCAAGCAGCAGCCAUCCAGAGUGUAGACAGCAUUGCAGGAGUGUCAGAGUUUAUGAUUACUCUCUUUGGAGGAUUGUCUCCUAAAAGGAAAAGACAAAAAAUUGAACCAUCUGCUAAAACAUCAGAAUGGCAAAAAAUGAUUACUUUUUAUGUGGCAUGACAGAAGAGUUUCCAAAACUGUCAGCGGGACCAUGGGUUUAUCAUCAGUUGCCAGGCGGGCAAUCUGGCUGAAAUCCCGCAGAAUAACUGAGCAUUUAACUGAGAGUUAGGCCUGUAGCUUAAACAAGCCUCAGGGUCUUUUAUUUUAUUUAUUUAUUUUUUUAAUUUUUGUGCAGCAUGGUUAUAUGUGCAGUUGGUGUAUCUCGUGAAAACGAUUCCUGAUCUAGGAUUAAAAUGAACAUUCUCAUCAGGUGUCGCGAUAAGAUAUCACUAAAGAUCUUGUAGUGUUAUCACGAAAGACCAUCUGGACCUGGUGCCCUUACUGUCUUGGUGGAUUUUAUUGCCUCUUGUAAACUCUGACUAUAAUACUAAGCUGUGUCUGGGGGUAAUUCCUUCUAAAUCUUAUCGAUCGGGUAAUUGUGAAUCUCUGCCUCUUGACAAGCUUGAUCCUCCAUUGUCACGAUGGGUGCCAGAUUAGAAAGAGCUGUAAUAUGUGUGAAAAGACCUUGUGAUCUCUUGAGAAAAUGAGGUAGACCUAUUUUCCCCUACUCAUAAUUUGGGAAUGUGAAACCGUUCUCUAAACGUCUGCAGCAUCCUAGCCGGUAAUUAACCACUAUUCCAUAUCUUUAGCAUUGUUGGUGGGAGGCUUCUGAUAUCUGUGGCAAAUAAUUGUUUUAAAUGUUGAUUGUUUUGAUGUUGGUCUUCGGUAGCCCAACCAACAUUGAAAGAAAAAUACUUUGUUUAUGCCACCUUUAACCUCUCUGUAAUAAUCAGUCCUUCCCAAGUACUUUGUUAUAUAUUUAUAUCUUCUUCAGAUGGCUGUUUUCUGAUGAAAAAGAUAGAUCAUACAGUGUAAUGUUCUCUCUGCAGGCCACAUGUUUUACAAUGCAACAGAAUUAUUCAGAAGCCCUGGGACUGGUUAAUCAAAUCAUCGUGAAUUUCCCUCACUUCAUCCCAGCACAUACUCUCAAAAUGAAGUUAUCCUUGGCUCAGCAAGACUGGGAUCAAACCCUGGAAAUGGCACAGAGGUAAGGGCAUUCACUGCUUGCACAUAUAAUGGGAUAAAACCCUGGAAAUGGCACAGAGGUAAGGGCAUUCACUGCUUGCACAUAUAAUGGGAUCAAACCCUGGAAAUGGCACAGAGGUAAGGGCAUUCACUGCUUGCACAUAUAAUGGGAUCAAACCCUGGAAAUGGCACAGAGGUAAGGGCAUUCAUUGCUUGCACAUAUAAUGGGAUCAAACCCUGGAAAUGGCACAGAGGUAAGGGCAUUCACUGCUUGCACAUAUAAUGGGAUCAAACCCUGGAAAUGGCACAGCGGUAAGGACAUUCACUGCUUGCACAUAUAAUGGGAUCAAACCCUGGAAAUGGCACAGCGGUAAGGACAUCCACUGCUUGCACAUAUAAUGGGAUCAAACCCUGGAAAUGGCACAGAGGUAAGGACAUUCACUGCUUGCACAUAUAAUAGGAUCAAACCCUGGAAAUGGCACAGCGGUAAGGGCAUUCACUGCUUGCACAUAUAAUGGGAUCAAACCCUGGAAAUGGCACAGAGGUAAGGGCAUUCAUUGCUUGCACAUAUAACUUUCUGCUUUGCUCAAAUAGACUCAUUACACACAUAACAUCUUUAAUAUAUAUAAAAAACGUUAAGCAUGUACACCAGUAUUUUAAAGAUGUUUCUACCUAAAUCUUUACCUGGUUCUCGAUGUACAUUGUAUUUCCCAGCAUACAUCUGACCUUAGUUGCCCAUUUUGUUGCAUUUUAAAGGUUUGUAAUCUGUUUUAUAAUUAGUGCAAACUUAAUAAGAAUGACUGACUGCGAGGGAGAUGAUGGUAAUAGCAGAAUGAUUUUUAUCAUCAUAUCCAUUUUACCUCAUUCCUCCCAAACCUGUUUCUCUCCCAACACUAUACACAAUUUUUUUCCCAAUUCUCCUCUCAGCUACUUCCAACCUUAAUACCUUUCCAGAUCGCAUUCCAAACGCUAUAUUACCCUCCCCACCUUCUAUUAUUAAAUGUUCUGCUUAUUAUGCAUAUUACUAUCAUUACUAUUACUGCUAUUAUUAUUAAAUGUUCUGCUUAUUAUUUCUAUUAUUCAUAUUACUAUCAUUACUAUUAUUAUUAUUAUUAUUAUUAUUAAAUGUCUUGCUUAUUAUUUCUAUUAUUCAUAUUACUAUCAUUAUUAUUAUUAUUAUUAAAUGUUCUGCUUAUUAUUCAAUAUUAUAAUGGCCACUAUUAUGUUUAUCAUUAGCUUUACUAUCACUGUGGCUCUUACCAUAUUAUUAUUUAGAAAAAUAUCGCUGAUAUCAUUUUUAUUUCAGAAUCUUAUCUAAAGAUUCCACUAAUAUUGACGCUCUCCAGAUUCUCUGCAUUUAUUGCCUUGCCAGAGAAGGAAAUUUAGAAAAAGUGAGUAUAUUUAGCAUAUUCCAUUAUUAAAGCACACUAUAGGGGUUUGUAUUAGAGGCACGUUGCAGAGACAAUACUUUGUGAUACAUCUUUAAAAUAAUAAACCAAAAAAAACAACCAACAAUAAUGUACCUUAUAUUGUACACAUACAAUAUAUAUGCAAAGAUACUUAUCAAAUGUAGAUGAAUACAGCCUCCCUCAGACCGCUCCCAGCUAGCGAUCAGCUUGACAACAAAAUAUGGAAAAAAACACAACGAGGGAACCGGCUGGUAAUCUAAAUAAAAAUAAAUAAAGGAAAAUAUAGUGUAAUACAGUUUACAAUACAAACACUGCACUAACAAUAUAAAAUGCACUCACAGGAUUUUGAACAAAUUCAAGCUUGUAAGGUGCCUCCCCCGAUAAUAUGGGGGGCCUGGGGAAAUCCCCUGGAUAUUUUCACUCCAACACAGGACUCCGGGUGAAGUUUGGAAAAGCGUCUUUUAUUCAAUAUUAAAAAAUAUAAAAAUAAAUAUAAAUAAGGUCCUACGCGUUUCGUCCCUUUAACUAAAUAGGGACUUCCUAAGGGACCACAAUAUUAAAAUACAAUUUGAUGCAAUACAAUCAAAAAAACAGCCUAGGCUGCAUUUUAUAUUGCGCAGUGUUUGUAUUGUAAACUGUAUUACACUAUAUUUUCCUUUAUUUAUUUUUAUUUAGAUUACCAGCCGGUUCCCUCGUUGUGUUUUUUUCCAUCUUUAAAAUAAUGCUGGAUCUACAUUAUACACCAAAAUGGCAUUGACAUAAGUACACAUUAUCGAUCAGUAACCGUUCCCUAACUUCCCUUACAGGCAUUAACCCAUGUGAAGGACUUACUCAUUUCUUUGGAUUCUGUAGAGCCACGAAACCCAGUACUGCAUUAUGAGAAAAUCCUAGUAAUUAGCACUUUGGUAAGAAUUCUUACUUUUGAUUUUCUCUAUAAUUUGCUGUCCAUGUUUUCAUUGAAUAUAAAUGCUUACUUUCCUUAACAAAAAUUGGCAAACUGAGAGACACAGACACUCUGUUUCACACGUUACCAAAGUGAAUUUGAUGUAGAAUAAAGCUCAGCACCUGGAGUUCUGUCCAGUCUCUGACUGGGAGCCAGCACAUACACCUGUAAUCACACAAUCCUGUAGAAUUAAAAUAAAGCAAGAAAUCACACUGUUUUCAGAUAGCCUGUGAAAUAAGUUGGCUGGUUUGGAAUGACAACAAAACCGUUCCUAUCCCUUGAGAGAAUUUCUACCCUCUCCAAUCCACAAAAAGAUUUCAGCUUAAUCAGCAGGUGCUGACAGUAAUUAUGAUCUGCACAUUGGCAGCUGGACAAACAAAACAAAAAAUGUCAAGCAAUCCUUCUCCAUUCAGAUCAUCCAUUUAUUGUGGCCGCACAUCUAACACCAACAUUUAUUCAUGUCGUCAGCUGUGUGUGUGUGUCCGAACAGGAUAUCUGAUUCAGUAUUGCUGGACAUGUUUCCAUUGCAUUGUAGACCAGCUUAAUGGAGCCAGAGUUCUUGCACUUUUCAUUCAACGUGCAAUGGAGCCUUGCCCGGCUUCCAACAUCUAUAGUGCCCUUAUAGGUGGCACCACUAUAAUAUACUUAUGGAACGGGUUUGUGUGUAAUGGCAAACCCAGAUCAAGGGAUUGGAGAAGGUGAAAAGAGGUGGUCGGUUCCCAUGCUGUGCUGCUCUGGAACGCUGUGCUUUUAGGUAUCAGAACAACUGAGUGCAAUAAUACAAUUUAGGAGAAAUUAAAGACAUGGCUUUCAUUUUUUAUCUGUAUUUUGUUUUUCCAUUUUUAUGCUCCAUAUUAAUCCGUAUGUAAAUAGAAGCAGGCCUUACUUUUUCUAUACGCUAUAUGAAUCUAUAGAUAAAUAGAAGCAGGACUCUGUUUAUACUCUAUAUAAAUCCAUAGAUAGAAGCAGGGCUCGCUCUGUUUAUACACUAUAUAAAUCCAUAGAUAGAUAGAAGCAGGGCUCACUCUGUUUAUAAACUAUAUAAAUCCAUAGAUAGAUAGAAGCAGGACUCGCUCUGUUUAUACACUAUAUAAAUCUAUAGAUCAAUAGAAGCAGGGUUCGCUCUGUUUAUUCACUAUAUAAAAAUCCAUAGAUAGAUAGAAGCAGGACUCGCUCUGUUUAUACUCUAUAUAAAUCCAUAGAUAGAAGCAGGGCUUGCUCUGUUUAUACACUAUAUAAAUCCAUAGAUAGAAGCAAGGCUCGCUCUGUUUAUACACUAUAUAAAUCCAUAGAUAGAAACAGGACUCGCUCUGUUUAUACACUAUAUAAAUCCAUAGAUAGAAGCAGGGCUAGCUCUGUUUAUACACUAUAUAAAUCCAUAGAUAGAAGCAGGACUCACUGUUUAUACACUAUAUAAAUCCAUAGAUAGAAGCGCUCGCUCUGUUUAUACACUAUAUAAAUCCAUAGAUAGAAGCAGGGCUCGCUCUGUUUAUACACUAUAUAAAAUACACUAUAUAGAUAGAAGCAGCACUCGCUCUGUUUAUACACUGUAUAAAUCCAUAGAUAGAUAGAUAGAAGCAGGGCUCGCUCUGUUUAUACACUAUAUAAAUCCAUAGAUAGAUAGAAGCAGGACUCGCUCUGUUUAUACACUAUAUAAAUCCAUAGAUAGAUAGAAGCAGGGCUCGCUCUGUUUAUAAACUAUAUAAAUCCAUAGAUAGAUAGAAGCAGGGCUCGCUCUGUUUAUACACUAUUUAAAUCCAUAGAUAGAUAGAAGCAGGGCUCGCUCUGUUUAUACACUAUAUAAAUCCAUAGAUAGAUAGAAGCAGGGCUCGCUCUGUUUAUGCACUAUAUAAAUCUAUAGAUAGAAGCAGGGCUCACUCUGUUUAUACACUAUAUAAAUCCAUAGAUAGAUAGAAGCAGGGCUCGCUCUGUUUAUACACUAUAUAAAUCCAUAGAUAGAUAGAAGCAGGGCUCGCUCUGUUUGUACACUAUAUAAAUCCAUAGAAGCAGGGCUCGCUCUGUUUAUACACUAUAUAAAUCCAUAGAUGGAUAGAAGCAGGGCUCGCUCUGUUUAUACACUAUAUAAAUCCAUAGAUGGAUAGAAGCAGGGCUCGCUCUGUUUAUACACUAUAUAAAUCUAUAGAUAGAAGCAGGGCUCGCUCUGUUUAUACACUAUAUAAAUCCAUAGAUAGAUAGAAGCAGGGCUCGCUCUGUUUAUACACUAUAUAAAUCCAUAGAUAGAUAGAAGCAGGGCUCGCUCUGUUUAUACACUAUAUAAAUCCAUAGAUAGAUAGAAGCAGGGCUCGCUCUGUUUAUACACUAUAUAAAUCCAUAGAUAGAUAGAAGCAGGGCUCGCUCUGUUUAUACACUAUAUAAAUCCAUAGAUUGAUAGAAGCAGGGCUCGCUCUGUUUAUACACUAUAUAAAUCCAUAGAUAGAUAGAAGCAGGGCUCAACCUGUUUUUACCAUAUAUAAAUCCAUAGCUGGGUAGAAGUAGGGCCCAUUCUCUUUAUACACUUUAUUAAUUCAUAGAUAGACAGAAGCAGGGCUUGGUGUGUUUCUGCUCUAUGUUAAUCUAAAGAUAGAAUAAGCUGAAAUGUGUUUGAGAUUUUCCCAGGCGGUUGAAUCAAACAGGAAAAGUUAUUAAUCUGUUAUCCAUCUUCUUUUGACAUUCUCCUACCAGUUUGUGAUUGACAGAUUCCUAGUAGCUCUAAACUGCUACAGAGUGCAACCUGAAAGUAUUUAGAUGUCUGUAAAUAUACAUUUAUUUUCUUAACACGCCUUCUUUUUAGUGUGGUAGGCACCAAGAAAUUCUACAGCAGAUCACUGCAUUUACUGAGCGUGCAUUCCGAAUGGCUCCCACCCACGCAGAGCUCGCCACUGAGCUGGCCAAUCAGCUCAUGUGUCAGGGCAACGUGAAAGAAGCAGCUGACUGGUAUUCCACUGCUGUGAAGGUGGAUGGAGGUCACACUGAAGCUCUAAUAGGUAAGUACCUAAACGAGACUCUUCCGAUUUUUAUGCUAUGGCUGUGUCUGUGCUGAGUUUAUCUCAGAAAUCCCUGCACUGCAGAGCCUCAUGGGCACAAGAGUGUUGUCUGGGAAUUGUAGCUUAGUUUUCCAGGUUCCUCCUAUGGCAUAUCUGAAUUAGGAUAUGGGCUUCAAGAAUGAGUUGACUGUAUGUAAACCAAAAUCUCAACUAGACUAAAGAGAAAAAGACUAAUAUUUAAUGAAAAAAUGUAUGUGGCUAAUGAGUGCAGCCUUCUUAGGGCCAUCUGUAGGUGCCCCAAUCUGUGACGUUGUCAAUCUUUUCUUUAAUGCUUUUUUUAUACUCCUGUGUCUGUGCGUUCUGCAGAAAUUAAAGGGGGGGGGGUAAUGCAGAUAACAAGUCACUUUGCGUCUCUGGAACUGAGAAUAUUUUAUCUCAUGUAGGUGUUAUAUGGUGUCAGAUAUUACAAGACCAACUGGAAGAGGCCACAUUGCAACUCGACUUCCUCCGUGAAAUUCAACAAUCUAUAGGAAGAACAAAGGUUGAGUAACGGAACACUUUUCCUCUUAUGCAAAAUUGGACCGCCCCUGAGGCAGUUGGGAGCUUUGACCACCCCUGGGGCAGUUGGGAGGUUUGACCAUCCCUGGGGCAGUUGGGAGGUUUGACCAUCCCUGGGGCAGUUGGGAGGUUUGACCAUCCCUGGGGCAGUUGGGAGGUUUGACCAUCCCUGGGGCAGUUGGGAGGUUUGACCACCCAUGGGGCAGUUGGGAGGUUUGACCACCCAUGGGGCAGUUGGGAGGUUUGACCAUCCCUGGGGCAGUUGGGAGGUUUGACCAUCCCUGGGGCAGUUGGGAGGUUUGACCACCCCUGGGGCAGUUGGGAGGUUUGACCACCCCUGGGGCAGUUGGGAGGUUUGACCACCCAUGGGGCAGUUGGGAGGUUUGACCAUCCCUGGGGCAGUUGGGAGGUUUGACCAUCCCUGGGGCAGUUGGGAGGUUUGACCAUCCCUGGGGCAGUUGGGAGGUUUGACCAUCCCUGGGGCAGUUGGGAGGUUUGACCACCCCUGGGGCCGUUGGGAGGUUUGACCACCCCUGGGGCAGUUGGGAGGUUUGACCACCCAUGGGGCAGUUGGGAGGUUUGACCACCCAUGGGGCAGUUGGGAGAUUGGAUCAUUAAUGUGUUUCGUGUAUAUUACAGCAAUUAUUCAUAUGUGUUUUUCAGUAAAUAUCAUAGUGAAUUAAUCACUGAAUUGCUAAAUGUAGGAUAAAACAACCUAGCUGUGGCAAUAGAAUUUUUUUGCCAGAGUUUGACAAUUCAGUUUUAGGGUCACUAUAAUUUGCUUUUAUUUUGCUAUAUUUGCUAUAAUUUAAUUGAAUGAACCCUUAAGGGUAACUUGCUAAAACAAUCUCAGGUGAAGCGCGCAUUAAAUAAAUUGGAAAUGUAAAAAAAAAUAAUGUUAUGUGUCUUUUCUAGACAUUCACAAUUUGCAAAACAGUGAACAGUAAAUGGUGGUCAAUAUCUGUGGAUUCAGACAUUACAUGGUGGGGGAGACAUGGAAACAUGUUGCCAAUUUUUUAACCACAUACUGGGUGUAGGUAUUGUUGAUGCUUAUUGGCUGCCUUUUACCAAUAAGCAUGUAAACAAGCCCAACCUGUUUUAACCUUUAAUCCCGUUAUUGAUAUGUAUCUGUGUAGAUCUACACCUUGAGCAGCAAUUCCCUCUCACUGACAGUAAUCACAGCAUCACCGCAAGCUAAUUAAUGGAGAACACCAGUAAGAGUGCUCGAUGCACUUUUCAAUAGCGGGUUGUUGUAAGGGUGACGUUUCAUGCUGUGUUUAUCGGCCAUAGUGGGUUCCCUAUGCCCAAGAAAAAAGAUUUCUCUGGAUUUGCUGAUUACCGUUGGCGUUGAUUAGCUUUGUGACUUGUUUCUUUACUUUCUGUUCCUGGAUUUAGGAGAUGUGCUAUGUUGAAGCAGUCAUGGCUUCCAAGAAAGACAUGGGAGAAAAGGUAAUCACAGAGCUCCUUAAGGAAGCCUUACAGAGCCACUUUUCUGCAAUUCAAGGACUGCCUCUAGGCACGGAAUACUUUCAGAAACUAAACCCCGGCUUCAUCGUUAAAGUGGUGAAAGAAUAUUUGGCAUUAUGUCCGAAAGAGGUAUGACUCCAUUAUAUUAUAGAUGCUGCUCUACCAACAAAUCCAACGUAGAGAAUGCAGCAUACUCCAUGUAUAGAGUACCAGUACAUUAUCAAUAUUUUAUUAUUACAAAAACAAAUCAUUUUAAUACAUGUUUACUUUGCUGUCACUAAAUAUAUCCAUAUAUAACCUUUAAUUAAUGUAUUUUUUUUCUCCAUCGCAGCCCAAAUCCCCAGGUCAGCCGGUGUCCCCUCUGCUUAAGCAGAUCAUAUCCAUUUUGACACCUGUGCUCAGCUCAGCCCCAGCUCUGAGGGAACCUCUGUAUUAUAUGGCUCAAACCAAGUACUUAGCAGGUAAGAGGCAGACGACUGCUUCAAACUAAAGAGGCACUCUGAUCUGGUGUCACAGUUUUUUAAAAGCAAAAAUAUGAAAUAUCGUAAAUGAAUCGCUCCCUCUGCUGGCUACAGCAGAAAUGUUCCUGUGUUCUAAAGGUUGGUUCUAGUGAUCCGACCGAAACUCAUAAAUUAAGGAGACUCAUGCCCUCUACUGGUCAGUCAGUGAGCACCAUCUACACUAAUUAUGUGUUUUAUUUAUCCUCUAAUAUGACAACCAUAGCAGUUUCAUUGACAUGCUAUUUCAAACAGAGCAAAGCACUGAGCAAUCGUGAUACACUUCGGGCUAUUACUGAUGCUCGUAAAAAGUACAAAAUGAUCACAUCUGUAAAGCUGGGCAUGAAGAGUUGCAUUGAAACACAACUAGUGCAUAAUACGGAAAUGAGAAGUUUACCUUUGGGUAAAUAAUGAUGACAAUAAAUAAAUCUCUUGUUCAACACAAUGUAGCACAUACACAGGCUGCGGGAGGCACAGGUUAAAUCCUAUAGAGGUGCUCUUGCUAAAAGACAUUUACAAACACGAGCCCUACGUUGUGCUAUGCUACCGCUCGAUGUAGCUUAACAAAAGUCCAUCAAUCAAGCUUCCGAUGAAUUCCUUUAUUCUAAUGCCACAGACUAUCAAUUCAGGAGAUGGGUCACUAUCACAAGCCUUAGAGGCUCUUUGGCCCUCUCUGACUCCAUAAUGUCUUUAUAGUACCAAGCAUACUGUAGUGUGUUUGUGGAGAGACAGGGAGGGAGUUUUAUCAGCAUCUUAUUCUGCCAUUUCCAGGAUCAUCGAUCCAAGCCACAUGCCAGGCUUUUAUCUUAUUUCUACUUUAAAGCUGAACUCCUGUCUUUACUUUAGAGAACCUGGAAGGAGCUCAGGCAAACUUGCAGCGUUGUAUAGAAGUGGACUCCAGCUCUGCCGACGUGCAUCUCCUGAUGGCGCAGAUAUACUUUGCACAGGGCCUGUUUACAGAGUGCUCGCAGUCUCUGGAGACCGGUGUCAGUCACAACUUUCAGGUAAAUGUUCUGGUGUCAGAAUGAACCUCCAGGACAAUGACAAUAGCAUCAUACACAGUGCAGUGGGCAUGCUGUAAAAUCACACACAGUUACUUUUUAAAUGAGGAUGUAAAUGACAAAUGCUACAACAUUUAUUCUACAUCAAAUUAAAUGAGAACGUGAUUUUUCUGAACAAACUGUGAAAGAUUAUAAAAUGAACCAGUGAGGUUUGUACUUGUCCUAUGAAUUAAUUCUCCACAAGGGAUGCAUUGAACACUAGUUUCUUUUAUUAUGGUACCUGGGUGACAGUUUGGAAUUGUUACAUUCAUCAUACUCGAUAAGAAAGAUAUUCCGAUCUCACACUUGGCAGUUUCUCUUUAGGUGAGGUGUUGUUUGUACCACAAGCUUCUGUUGUACAAGUAGUUAGCUUAUCAGAAAUAUUUUUUAAUAAUGGAAAAAAUAGAGAGUUUACUGUGAUUACACUGAUUUAUAUCAGAAAACAUCAUUAAAACACAAAAUAUUUCAUGUGAUCCUGGGAAAUGUAAGCCCGGUUUUGGAAAGUUGUUUUUAAAAUAGGUUAAACUUUUUAAGCGCCUGACCGAGGCCCAAGCCUUACAGUAGGUUGCAGUUUUGCUUAUUUUUUUACUUCGCUUGAUUUUUACAAUUUAACUUGUAUUUGUUACUUUUUUAGGUUCGGGAACAUCCAUUGUACCAUUUAAUGAAAGCUAGAAUAUUGAAAAAGAAAGGAGAGCUGGGUGAAGCCAUAAAAACUUUGCAAAUGACAAUGAAGCUCCCUGAAAUGAAGAAAGGCGCAGUUAAAAGAGGCACGCCUUUCGCGCUUAGUGUCAGUGAACGCGUCUCUAUAUAUCUGGAGCUUGCCGAAACUCUUCGGCUUAACAACGAACAGGUAAACAACCACGGGGUAAUUUCACGGAGAAAAGGAAAACGUGCUGUAAAACACAAUUCAGUUUAACAAAGCAUACAGGCGGUUUAUAUUCCACAUGGGUUAAUAUUUGGUGAUAAAAAUACAUUAUCCACUGAUAUCUUUUAAGAACUAUCCUAAAGCACCUUGGCAUCUAAAGCUUAAAGUGAGACAGGUUUCCUCCUUUAGUAGGCACUCUAUAAGUAAAACCAGCUUCUGUUGUCUACAUUUCCAGGUGUUAUAAUACAGAGUAUUAUAGUAGUAUAUACAGAGUAGCCCUACUUCUCUUCCUAAAAUGUAUUAAAAUAAAGCAGAGAGUACCUCCGCCUGUCCCUUUAAUUAAAAAGAAUCAAUAGAAGCAGUUUUACCCAUUAUUAUAUUGCCUGCAAUCUAUAUUGAUUAUUGAUUUUCCAUUCCAGCAUGAAGCCACAAAGGUAAUGCAAGAUGCCAUCAACGAAUUCCGCGGCACUCCCGAGGCAGUUCGAAUAGUUAUUGCGAACGCAGACUUGGCACUGAGUAAAGGUGGCGCAGACAUUGCCUUGAAUAUGCUGAGGGAGAUCACACCAGACCAGCCAUAUUACAUCCAGGUCAAACAGAAGAUGGCUGAGCUAUAUCUUGACACACGCAAGGAUAAGAGGUUAUACAUUGCCUGCUUUAGGUAAGGUUCUAAUGACAGGAACAUAUUCGGCAUACCCUAGUGCAUUGUGGGACCCCACACAGAACACAGACAUCACAAUGAAUGAAAUGUGAGCAUUCUCCAUGGUUGUUGCGUGCCCAGAAAUGCCUGCUACCAAUUCUUAAUCACUCACUGAAAGGGACACUGUAGGCACUAUAACUAUUUCAUCUCAGUGAAUUGGUUGUAGUACAUGGAGUUCCCGUGGGCUGUCCCUCCAUUCAGUGUUAAACCAUUUACAAGCAGUUUAAUACAGAAUGAGGGUCUUUGGCCACCCACCACCCAGCCCCUAGUGGAGGUAAUGAUAAGACACUUCCUUGUAGCCAUAUUACUUUAUACCAGCAAUGGGCACUGCGAUAGGCUGAAAGCCAUCAGUUAAUACUCUCAGCCAAUCACAGCCGUCCAUUGCUGCUCAGGCUAAUACUUCUUCUUUAGCCCAAGCAGCUUAUUGAGCAUUAACAUAUUACAAACAAUUUAACGCUGAAUGGAAGGAUGACACCAGGGACUCCAAACACCAUAACCAGUUAGGUGAGCUGAAGCAGUUACGGUGCCUAUAGUGUGUGAGAGAUGAUGUUAGAAUGGUAACAAUGUUUUGUAUCUGUUUUGCUCCUGCACUCACGAGGACUGGGCUCUCCAAUACACCAGGAACUGUGAAGAACUGACAAGGGAAUGGCAAUUUUAUUUCUCUCUUUUUUUUUGCUAUUUUGGAAUAAAAUCUGCCAUUCACGCAUCAUUCUUACCCAGUCCCCAGUAUAACAGCGUUAUAUACUAAAGUGAGAAUUCAAAAUUAAUUUCACAUUUAAAGUCCUAAUAGCCAAUCAGGAAACAUUGUGUAAGCCAGCAUUGCUUCCAAUUGGACUACUGAGGCCUUAAAUGUUUAAUUUCUAAAUUCUCACUUUAGUGACUAACCCUGUGUGUGAAAAGGCCCAUACAUGGCUAACUAUGCAGCUAUUCCUCAACUAUCCCUCCCUUGAUUCUGAGCAAGAUUGUACAUAGCCAAAUACAAGCAAAGCAGCAUGGGAGUUGUAAUUUUAUGACUUCCUCGGAGGUUAAUCUUAAAAUAGAGACCAAGAUUGAGGCCAGACUAGCUGAACUAGAAAUGUAGUUGUAACAUGUUUUCCAAGUUGAAUAUUUUUUGCUAGAAUUGGCUAUUCCUCUGCCAGUUGUCCAUAGUUACCAGUUUAUUGAAUAAUUCUCUGCCACCUCGGGUGAGCAUAUUACUUAUAUAAUCAGGGGUAUUUAUAAAGAUACAUACCUCGGGGUUGUAUUAGAUAAAAUGAACAUUGCAAACAGCUAACAAUGAGCCACUUAUUACAGCCCUGACGUAUUUAUUUUAUAUACAAUCUAUUGGUUCUCUCUAGCCAGUGAUGGCAAACCUUGGCACUCCAGAUGUUUGUGAUCUGCAUUUGCUGUGAUCCCAAGCAGUCCUUGGGGAUGCCACAGGUUGACUGAGCAUCAUGGGAAAUGGAAUUAACAAACAUGCGAGGUGAUAGGAUGGCCAUGCUGUAUCCUCAUCGUGAUCUUAUACAAAGAUGAGGAAGUAUGGAAGUAGAAGCCUUACUGACUCAUUGUACACAUUAAUACUAUUAUUGUCCCUGUCACAGAGAGCUAUGUGAACAACUUCCAGGCCCUCACACCAGUCUUCUUCUGGGAGAUGCCUACAUGAACAUCCAAGAGGUAACUAUGGAGCAAGACUUCUCUUCCAUUUUGUCAUUGUUAUCAAAUACCAUAGCAUAUGUAACAAUAGUGACCACAGUUUUAAUAGAUUAGAUUUAAUAAGGAUUUCCAGAGAUCGUUAAAUAGUCACUAGGUCUAGAAAGUUUAAACCUAGCUUUCAGAUCUUCUGAACACAAAAUACACUGACUGCCAACUGGACCUGAAUGACUUUUCCCGUGAUAUUUUGCCAGCCUUAAGGCAUGACGGGAAAUUAAGUUAGCAAAGAUCUGGGGUUUUGAGGUUAUUCUAUACUGGACAAUGGAUCCCAGGGAAGUGAAUCUGUGCAAUUGCUUGGAAAAUAUAUAUGAAAAUGUGUUUGGAAUGAAAUGUGAUUACGGCAUCUUAGUUUAUUAUCUUCGUUUACAUUCUAUCCUUUCUCAAGAUUUUCUUAAACAGCUGACUGUAUUUCAAAGAAAUUUAGUACAGACAGGUGUAUGGUCAGUUUUUGAUUUACUUUACAUGAAAAAGGAAAAAGUUAUAAUUAAUCUCUCUUUUAAUAACAGCCCGAUAAAGCCUUGGAAGUUUACGAUCAAGCACAGCGGAAAAAUCCCAGUGAAGCCUCAUUAGCUAGCAGAAUUGGACAAGCACUUGUCAAAACACAUCAGUAUAAAAAGGUUUUUACAUAACUCGUUUUUUUUUUGUUUUUUUCUUUUACUCGGACUUCCUCUUAAAUAACCACCAAUUGACUGGUGUAUUGUGUAUGUGUUUGUCAUGUGUGAAUAGUGUGCACUCCUGCAAAAUAUUGCCAUCUCUAUAGCGACCAAUCUGCUCUUAGUACACCGAGCGAAACAGACAGAAAAUGUGGGUUCAAAUAAACAUAGGCAAUCAGAAAUUUAAAUGUUAGAAUACUAUAGAAAUGGGAAUAUGAAUACCACCACUGGCUACAUUUAGUACAUUUUGGCUAGCGUAUGCCUUGGAUAUUACUGUCAUUGGUGGUUGAAAACACCCUGCACUUCAGCUCGUAAAGGGGAAGUGUUGAGAGGAAGUCCAGUUCAGAAGAUCAGUUCUCUUUUCCAUGUUUCUCCUGGGGAUAUAUUAUAGCAUAGGUCGUUAGUAGUCAUACUGACCUCACCUAGAAUAGUACCUGUGACCCUGAGGUUUGAACAGGUCCUCUGUGCGUUACACAGAGCUCCUGAAAUAGUCUGUUAUUGUUUAUCUCAGCGCUAAUUGUUUUGAAAUGUCUUUUAGGCAAUUAAUUACUAUGAGGCUGCGCAGAAUAUCAGCGGGCAGGAUUUACUGUGCUGUGACCUCGCAGAUCUCCUCUGUAAAUUGAAGAACUAUAACAAGGCAGAAAAGGUUCUGAAACACGCUCUGGAUCACGAGUCAGGUACGUUCUAAAUGGCAUAUAAACUGCUCCCAUUUACCUCAUUUGCGAUCUCUUGAAAUGCAAGUAUAUUCGGAAAAUAAAUAAUUUUAAAAGCUUUCUAGGUGUUGACUGCGAUUUAAUAUUAUUUUUGUUGCUUGCUAAAACUUUUGACUAAUUUGUUUUAACAUAUAUAAAAGGUGAGGAAUGUGAUCUUUCCUCGUGCAAUUUAUGUGUGUUUUUUACAAAUUCAUUUUUCUCAACUGUAAAUAUUUAAUCAUUUCAUUUCAUUAUUCAAAUAAGAACGAAUUCUGAUUUUUGCUUUAAAGCUUUUAGAGAAUGAAGUGCCUGCUUUAUAUCCUAAUUCUUACUAGAAUGCACAAGGCUGCUUUCUGAAAGGGUCAUUUAUGGCACAGGAAUUAAAAAUGUUUAAGGCAAUGUGCUUGUAAAACAAGUUUCUUCAUUUUAUAUUGUUGUUUUAGGAGAUAGGGCAGCUUUAUUGUAUUAUAAGCUUUAUAAAAUAUAAUUGUAGAAAAUAAUGCAAAAUGUAACAAUGUAAUACAUGUAACGAAUUGAGCUGGUCAUAAAACAUAUUAUACUGAAAUGUGUGACUGUUUCAGGCUGCAUGGAAAUAUGAUCAAUGCUGCAUUUUAUACUCUGCUAUUGGAUCGCUCCGAAACUCUGCAAAGAAAUUGAUUUUUUUUUUUUCUGAGAUAUGCUGCGGUUUAAACUGCAUUGCAGAUUAUGUUUGGUUGUGUAGAGUCUACAUCCAAUGGGACACUGGCAUAAUCUCUGUGCCACUCAAAUGAAAUGUCAAUUUAGAAAAUAAAGUGUUUAUUGUUUCUUUUCAGUUACUGACUUGGCAUCAAUGAUGAAAGAUGUUAAAUGUCUGCUGUUGCUAGCAAAGGUCUACAAAAGUUAUAAAACAGAAGAAUUGGCUGACACUCUGAGCAAGGUAAUAUUAGUCCUAACCGUGCUUAACAUUUUAAAUCCCAUGCUACUAGCAAGGCCUAAAACCUUACUCACCACUGGAGGGUAAAUUACAUACUCACCAGCAGAGAAGGAUUAAGAUCCCACUAGGCCCUAAGUAAGUGACCAGUUUGGGGUUCCCUCUUCAUUUGUUGCAUAGGGCUGGUGAAUGGGGCUAAGCAGAUUCUUGGUUCAAAGACCCCUGUCUAAACUCUGGGCCCUAGACAGCUGCCUAAGGUCAACCUAAGGUUAAUCCUGCUCUGUUCACCAGGGCUGAAUUUUCACUAGCCAUUGGCUAGAGGGUAACAAUAGAUUUAUUUUAAUACUAAUGGGUAGUUAAAGCAGUUUUGUUUUUUUUGUUGCUUUUUUUGUCUUGUGAUGCUAGUUUAAAGGUAAAAAAUACCACCUAUUUUUAAUGCUCUAUAAAGACAAUGCAUUAAAAAGUAAAAAUAAUUAAAUAAGAAUCCACAGGAAAGUUUCUCACCUUUACAGCUUCCCUUGGUACACUGUUUAGUGGAUCUGCUUCACACACCAGGAAUAAACUAUUAUCCCUGCAGGGGUGUAUGGGAUGAGUAGUUUAUCUCAUACAUCAGUUGCACUUAUCACUUAAAGGGUGAUAGGAGCCAUACCAUGGCAGCUCUUGGUUAAUCUGUAGCAUAGUUAGUGAACUGGGCUAUGUGCAGCUAUUGGCACAGCCAUGGUCAGCGCAUGCAUGCUCCGAGACUCAGCUCUUGGUUUAUCUGUAGCAUAGUUAGUGAACUGGGCUAUGUGCAGCUAUUGGCACAGCCAUGGUCAGCGCAUGCAUGCUCCGAGGCUCAGCUCUUGGUUUAUCUGUAGCAUAGUUAGUGAACUGGGCUAUGUGCAGCUAUUGGCACAGCCAUGGUCAGCGCAUGCAUGCUCCGAGACUCAGCUCUUGGUUUAUCUGUAGCAUAGUUAGUGAACUGGGCUAUGUGCAGCUAUUGGCACAGCCAUGGUCAGCGCAUGCAUGCUCCGAGACUCAGCUCUUGGUUUAUCUGUAACAUAGUUAGUGAACUGGGCUAUGUGCAGCUAUUGGCACAGCCAUGGUCAGCGCAUGCAUGCUCCGAGACUCAGCUCUUGGUUUAUCUGUAACAUAGUUAGUGAACUGGGCUUUGUGCAGCUAUUGGCACAGCCAUGGUCAGCGCAUGCAUGCUCCGAGACUCAGCUCUUGGUUUAUCUGUAACAUAGUUAGUGAACUGGGCUAUGUGCAGCUAUUGGCACAGCCAUGGUCAGCGCAUGCAUGCUCCGAGGCUCAGCUCUUGGUUUAUCUGUAACAUAGUUAGUGAACUGGGCUAUGUGCAGUUAUUGGCACAGCCAUGGUCAGCGCAUGCAUGCUCUGAGACUCAGCUCUUGGUUUAUCUGUAACAUAGUUAGUGAACUGGGCUUUGUGCAGCUAUUGGCACAGCCAUGCUCAGCGCAUGCAUGCUCUGAGACUCAGCUCUUGGUUUAUCUGUAGCAUAGUUAGUGAACUGGGCUAUGUGCAGCUAUUGGCACAGCCAUGGUCAGCGCAUGCAUGCUCUGAGACUCAGCUCUUGGUUUAUCUGUAACAUAGUUAGUGAACUGGGCUUUGUGCAGCUAUUGGCACAGCCAUGGUCAGCGCAUGCAUGCUCCGAGGCUCAGCUCUUGGUUUAUCUGUAGCAUAGUUAGUGAACUGGGCUAUGUGCAGCUAUUGGCACAGCCAUGGUCAGCGCAUGCAUGCUCCGAGGCUCAGCUCUUGGUUUAUCUGUAACAUAGUUAGUGAACUGGGCUAUGUGCAGCUAUUGGCACAGCCAUGGUCAGCGCAUGCAUGCUCCGAGACUCAGCUCUUGGUUUAUCUGUAACAUAGUUAGUGAACUGGGCUAUGUGCAGCUAUUGGCACAGCCAUGGUCAGCGCAUGCAUGCUCCGAGGCUCAGCUCUUGGUUUAUCUGUAGCAUAGUUAGUGAACUGGGCUUUGUGCAGCUAUUGGCACAGCCAUGGUCAGCGCAUGCAUGCUCCGAGACUCAGCUCUUGGUUUAUCUGUAACAUAGUUAGUGAACUGGGCUAUGUGCAGCUAUUGGCACAGCCAUGGUCAGCGCAUGCAUGCUCCGAGACUCAGCUCUUGGUUUAUCUGUAGCAUAGUUAGUGAACUGGGCUAUGUGCAGCUAUUGGCACAGCCAUGGUCAGCGCAUGCAUGCUCCGAGGCUCAGCUCUUGGUUUAUCUGUAACAUAGUUAGUGAACUGGGCUAUGUGCAGUUAUUGGCACAGCCAUGGUCAGCGCAUGCAUGCUCCGAGACUCAGCUCUUGGUUUAUCUGUAACAUAGUUAGUGAACUGGGCUUUGUGCAGCUAUUGGCACAGCCAUGGUCAGCGCAUGCAUGCUCCGAGGCUCAGCUCUUGGUUUAUCUGUAGCAUAGUUAGUGAACUGGGCUUUGUGCAGCUAUUGGCACAGCCAUGCUCAGCGCAUGCAUGCUCUGAGACUCAGCUCUUGGUUUAUCUGUAGCAUAGUUAGUGAACUGGGCUAUGUGCAGCUAUUGGCACAGCCAUGGUCAGCGCAUGCAUGCUCCGAGGCUCAGCUCUUGGUUUAUCUGUAACAUAGUUAGUGAACUGGGCUUUGUGCAGCUAUUGGCACAGCCAUGGUCAGCGCAUGCAUGCUCCGAGGCUCAGCUCUUGGUUAAUCUGUAGCAUAGUUAGUGAACUGGGCUUUGUGCAGCUAUUGGCACAGCCAUGGUCAGCGCAUGCAUGCUCCGAGGCUCAGCUCUUGGUUUAUCUGUAGCAUAGUUAGUGAACUGGGCUUUGUGCAGCUAUUGGCACAGCCAUGGUCAGCGCAUGCAUGCUCCGAGACUCAGCUCUUGGUUUAUCUGUAGCAUAGUUAGUGAACUGGGCUAUGUGCAGCUAUUGGCACAGCCAUGGUCAGCGCAUGCAUGCUCCGAGGCUCAGCUCUUGGUUUAUCUGUAGCAUAGUUAGUGAACUGGGCUUUGUGCAGCUAUUGGCACAGCCAUGGUCAGCGCAUGCAUGCUCCGAGACUCAGCUCUUGGUUUAUCUGUAGCAUAGUUAGUGAACUGGGCUAUGUGCAGCUAUUGGCACAGCCAUGGUCAGCGCAUGCAUGCUCCGAGACUCAGCUCUUGGUUUAUCUGUAACAUAGUUAGUGAACUGGGCUAUGUGCAGCUAUUGGCACAGCCAUGGUCAGCGCAUGCAUGCUCCGAGACUCAGCUCUUGGUUUAUCUGUAGCAUAGUUAGUGAACUGGGCUAUGUGCAGCUAUUGGCACAGCCAUGGUCAGCGCAUGCAUGCUCCGAGACUCAGCUCUUGGUUUUAUCUGCUUAACAUAAUAGUUAGUGAACUGGGCUUUGUGCAGUUAUUGGUACAGCCAUGGUCAGCAUGCAUGCUCCGAGGCUCAGCUCUUGGUUUAUCUGUAGCAUAGUUAGUGAACUGGGCUUUGUGCAGCUAUUGGCACAGCCAUGCUCAGCGCAUGCAUGCUCCGAGACUCAGCUCUUGGUUUAUCUGUAGCAUAGUUAGUGAACUGGGCUUUGUGCAGCUAUUGGCACAGCCAUGCUCAGCGCAUGCAUGCUCAGCGCAUGCAUGCUCCGAGGCUCAGCUCUUGGGUUAUCUGUAGCAUAGUUAGUGAACUGGGCUUGUGCAGCUAUUGGCACAGCCAUGUCAGCGCAUGCAUGCUCCGAGACUCAGCUCUUGGUUUAUCUGUAGCAUAGUUAGUGAACUGGGCUAUGUGCAGCUAUUGGCACAGCCAUGGUCAGCGCAUGCAUGCUCUGAGACUCAGCUCUUGGUUUAUCUGUAACAUAGUUAGUGAACUGGGCUUUGUGCAGCUAUUGGCACAGCCAUGGUCAGCCCAUGCAUGCUCCGUGGCUCAGCUCUUGGUUUAUCUGUAGCAUAGUUAGUGAACUGGGCUAUGUGCAGCUAUUGGCACAGCCAUGGUCAGCGCAUGCAUGCUCCGAGGCUCAGCUCUUGGUUUAUCUGUAACAUAGUUAGUGAACUGGGCUAUGUGCAGCUAUUGGCACAGCCAUGGUCAGCGCAUGCAUGCUCUGAGACUCAGCUCUUGGUUUAUCUGUAACAUAGUUAGUGAACUGGGCUUUGUGCAGCUAUUGGCACAGCCAUGGUCAGCGCAUGCAUGCUCUGAGACUCAGCUCUUGGUUUAUCUGUAACAUAGUUAGUGAACUGGGCUUUGUGCAGCUAUUGGCACAGCCAUGCUCAGCGCAUGCAUGCUCCGAGACUCAGCUCUUGGUUUAUCUGUAACAUAGUUAGUGAACUGGGCUAUGUGCAGCUAUUGGCACAGCCAUGGUCAGCGCAUGCAUGCUCCGAGACUCAGCUCUUGGUUUAUCUGUAACAUAGUUAGUGAACUGGGCUAUGUGCAGCUAUUGGCACAGCCAUGGUCAGCGCAUGCAUGCUCCGAGACUCAGCUCUUGGUUUAUCUGUAACAUAGUUAGUGAACUGGGCUUUGUGCAGCUAUUGGCACAGCCAUGGUCAGCGCAUGCAUGCUCCGAGACUCAGCUCUUGGUUUAUCUGUAACAUAGUUAGUGAACUGGGCUAUGUGCAGCUAUUGGCACAGCCAUGGUCAGCGCAUGCAUGCUCCGAGGCUCAGCUCUUGGUUUAUCUGUAACAUAGUUAGUGAACUGGGCUAUGUGCAGCUAUUGGCACAGCCAUGGUCAGCGCAUGCAUGCUCUGAGACUCAGCUCUUUCUUCUUGGAGGAGGGAGAGCUCAGCCCAAGUUAUACGUGCAGUGUGCAAAGGUCACACACAAUGUGGAUAAAACUGAUCUAACCAGCUCAGAAAAAAAUGUUUCCAGGUAGAUGAUUAGCAGGAGCUGGAGGUGAAGCUAAAUGUCGGACGGAAAUGUAAUAUAAAAUGCUAUAAUGUAAAUAAAAUGUUAUACAGACUAGAUCCUUGCACUAUAAUCACUUCAGCAAGCUAUAUUUUUUUAAAUCAGGAACUGUGUCUUUUUAACACCAUUGUCUUUCCAGACUCUUGAUAUUCAGCUGCGGGUCCUAAAGCGUGUACAUAUGGAACAACCCGAUAUUAUCCCAGCACAAAAGAAAAUUGCAUCCGAAAUUUGCGUCCAACUCGCUGAGCAUUAUAUAGAACAAAAGGAUUACGAAAAAGCCCUAAAAUGCUACAAAGAAGCCAUGACUUAUACGGAGACUGAUGGCAAAGUGAGCGGUUUUUUUUUAAAAAUAAUUUUUCCUUAUAUGGAUUGUAGUCUUUUAUUUAACGUUUCCAAAGUUCACUCUCACACACUCUUGAAAACAGGUGAGUAUUUUCCAUGGUCAUGAGUGAAACUUGUCCUAUUCCUCAGAGGAUAGCGAGUAGUUGUCCUCUCUUGCCAGUUUUUUUCAUUUCUGAUUUUGAUAUGCAUUGUGUUUAAUGAAAGCAGGUUCUCUACUUAUUAAUGUAGAUGUUUAUCGUGGAACCUGUGGUAGUAGUGUUGAUUACACACUUUUUGUUUUAGAUCAAGCAUUGGCGUUACAAUAUCAUGACUAAUAUUCGUUAAAAUAUUUAAAAUGGGUGUUACCCCACGCAGAAAUAUGAGUCAAGAUUCUUGUUUCUCUACCUCAUCGCCAUCUGCAGAUUACACGUUAACACAUUUACAUGCUUUGUUUCUAAAAACAGAUCCAGCACAUUAUACAAUCCAUAGGUAUGUUUGGAAGAAAGAUAUGGAUAUAAUCAUUUUUUGAUCUUUAGCAUGAGAACAUGUUAUUUUUUUUAUAGUGUAUCUUAAUGUCCAAUAUGCAGGGGGACAUUAAACCAUAAAUAUCUCAUUACAGGUGAUGCUGGAAUUAUCCCAUUUGUACCUGAAAAUGAAUGACGUGGACUCCUGUGAACAGCAAUGUAGAGCACUUUUUAUGGAUCCGAAUUAUAAUGAGGCAGCUUCAAUGGUAAAUAUAUUUGUAAUUGCUUUCUCAGAGGAGAACGUAUAUGCUCACUAACCCAAUAGAACAAAUAAGAGCAGUGUACCUCAAAGGGAACUAGAAAACAAAACGUAUGCUAUGUACGGUAUAUAUUUAAUGUUUCUAAUGGGAUGCCAGUAGUACCCUCACUAGACUCGGCAACAUUGAAAUCCAAAAAACAAAUACAUUUUAUUAACGAGAAAAAGACAAUACUAUCAUUUAAAGAGUGCUCAAAGUACAAACGUGCUAGAACUGCAAGUAUAUGUAAAGUGGACAGAACAAAGGAUUAUGAAUUAUAGUAGGUCAUCAGUAUACUUAACCCAUAAUUGAUGCCAAAAGAGUACUGUCCGCCAAUACUUGCUGUGGGAUAGUGUGUGUACGGGAGAAUCUAAAGGCAGCUUACAUGUCUGCAUACCGUGUAAUCCUAUAUUGCUGGAUUUAGCUGCAAACAAUAUAUAUAUGUAUAGGGGAUAGGAGAGGGGAGUAGAAUAAGAUGGAUAUCAUUGCUGGACUAAGCUGCAAACAAUAUAUGGAUAGGGGAUAGGAGAGGGGAGUAGAAUAAGAUGGAUAUCAUCGCUGGACUAAGCUGCAAACAAUAUAUGGAUAGGGGAUAGGAGAGGGAUGCAUAGAUUUAAUAUUCAAAAAUGAAUACAACUCUAACCACUGGAUACUGAGGUCCAGAAGAGCGAGUAUAAUCUGGAACUAUAAUAUCAUAGAGUAAGUCUGUAAACUUAAAAAUAUUGCAGUGCAAAAAAGUACAUAGCAUGUACCCCCUCAAGAAUGCCUAAGACAAUUCAAAAAUACUAAUAUAGUUUAAGCCUGUAGGCUAUCCUCCUAAAUCACCGGUCCGUGGGUAUAGUUCAGCAGACUCCUGACUUUAUUGUCUAUAGGGUAGGUCAAUGUCUGAAUUUUAAAUACUCUAAACGGAUCACAAGUGUCAGUCCUACUGUGUCAAGUAUCCAUAUACCUAAUAAGUAAAUCGCUAGUGAAUAGAGCUCUAACACAAUAAGGAGCUCCCCUAUGUAGGGAACGAACUAGACGAUCUAAGAAAUCUGUGUGUGUGUGUGUGUGUAUAUGAUAAAAAGCAACAGUGUUAAACUACUGUAAAAGGAUAGGUGUGGAGUCUAAACAGCAGCUCUAUAGAGAUGAGGAGCUUCCUUGCAUAAUAGACUAGCUAGAGCUACUAAAAUAUGUGUCUUAAAGCUGAAUAAUCCCACUAUCCCAUUUACAUGUAAAUUAUAUGUUUGUUAUUGUCACACUUGUUUUUGUCUUGUAUGUAUAUUACACUAUUUUGUCAUAUGUACGAUAAAAUGAGAAAAAAAAUUUCAAUAAAAAGAAUAAGAAAAAAAAAGUAAUAUGAGAGUCGCUAAAGGUGCUAGUCAGACGGAUCCCACAAUUGUUCUUAUUCAGAUAUGUUAUAAAUUCCUGUAAAACUUCCAUAGUUCCAUUCCAUAUGAAAAAGAUAUCGUCGAUAAACCGGCAAUAUGUAAUCAAAUGUCUCUUCCACUGAAGUUCUGUGAAAACGAAUGCCUCUUCCCAAAACGCCAUAAAAAAAUUUGCGUAGCUUGGGGCAAAUUUUGUGCCCAUUGCAUUGCCGCAAAUUUGCAAAUAAAGAGUUUUCAAACCAAAAAUAAUUGUGAGUUAAAAUAAGUAAAAUCCCUUCUAAAAUAUAUUCUAUUUGUUCUAUUUUAAAAUCUGAUUUUUCUAAAAAAUAUUUCACCGCUGCCAAUCCUUUUUCAUGCGGAAUGAUACUAUACAGGGAAGUCACGUCACAUGUGGCCAAAAUAUUUUGACACUUGACACAGUAGGACUGACACUUGUGAUCCGUUUAGAGUAUUUAAAAUUCAGACAUUGACCUACCCUAUAGACAAUAACGUCAGGAGUCUGCUGAACUAUACCCACGGACCGGUGAUUUAGGAGGAUAGCCUACAGGCUUAAACUAUAUUAGUAUUUUUGAAUUGUCUUAGGCAUUCUUGAGGGGGUACAUGCUAUGUACUUUUUUGCACUGCAAUAUUUUUAAGUUUACAGACUUACUCUAUGAUAUUAUAGUUCCAGAUUAUACUCGCUCUUCUGGACCUCAGUAUCCAGUGGUUAGAGUUGUAUUCAUUUUUGAAUAUUAAAUCUAUGCAUCCCUCUCCUAUCCCCUAUCCAUAUAUUGUUUGCAGCUUAGUCCAGCGAUGAUAUCCAUCUUAUUCUACUCCCCUCUCCUAUCCCCUAUCCAUAUAUUGUUUGCAGCUUAGUCCAGCGAUGAUAUCCAUCUUAUUCUACUCCCCUCUCCUAUCCCCUAUCCAUAUAUUGUUUGCAGCUUAGUCCAGCGAUGAUAUCCAUCUUAUUCUACUCCCCUCUCCUAUCCCCUAUAUAUAUAUUGUUUGCAGCUUAGUCCAGCAAUAUAGGAUUACACGGUAUGCAGACAUGUAAGCUGCCUUUAUAUUCUCCCAUACACACACACUAUCCCACAGCAAGUAUUGGCGGACAGUACUCUUUUGGCAUCAAUUAUGGGUUAAGUAUACUGAUGACCUACUAUAAUUCAUAAUCCUUUGUUCUGUCCACUUUACAUAUACUUGCAGUUCUAGCACGUUUGUACUUCGAGCACUCUUUAAAUGAUAGUAUUGUCUUUUUCUCGUUAACAAAAUUUAUUUGUUUUUUGGAUUUUUAUGUUGCCGAGUCUAGUGAGGGUACUACUUGCAUCCCAUUAGAAACAUUAAAUAUAUACCGUACAUCGCAUACGUUUUGUUUUCUAGUUCCCUUUGAGGUAUACUGUUCUACUUUUGUUCUAUUAGUUUCUCACCUGGGGCUACCCCCCACAAUUCGUGUAUCCUCUCAAUUUGUUAGGCUCGUUUUACUUUCUUUUGCUCAGUAACAAAAGCGUGAGUUAGAGGAAAAUGAUGCUAUGUUUGUGUUCUGGAGACAUUUAUAAACCACUCAACCUUCAAUCCCAUGGUUUAUUAUGAUGCUCCAGAAUCCUUCAAUAAUAUUAUCUACCCAUAGCACAUAGUUGGUCAGAAUGGUGUGGAUAAAAGUCCUUCUCUGAAUAAGGAUCAUUAGUCAGAGGACCGCUCUUCAGUAGAUCUGUGACCAUGUAGAACUAAGUGAAUAGCCGUAAAAGAUUUAAUACUCCCACUACAUCAGGUAGGAAAAGGGUACAAAGUAAUAUCAGAGCGUUCGCAAAUCCCAGACACUGUUGGAUUAGUAGUGUGAUGUGGUGGCUACAGCAUACUACAAAUACACUGUCUAGAAAAGGACAUCCUCAAAGGCUUGAACACGUGCCAGCCGUGCAAGGACAGGGCUUGUGAGAGGCAAAGAAAUCAAUCACAUCAAAAGAGCUACAGAGGUCAGUUACUGGAGUAAAUGUGUGCAAUUCAACAAUUUCAAGACCUCUCAAUCAAACUGUCCUGUAAAGAGGCCAUUACUCAAAACCAGCCACAGUUAGACUUGGAGUGUGACUUGGCUUAAGUAUGGGAGAAGGUUUUGAUGUCAGAUGAGCACAAGAUACAGCUUUUUAGCAGCAUACAGAUAAUAAGAGGACAUUGAUUGGCUGUAGGGGAAGAGUCAAGUCAGCAACCCAGCUCAUGCUGAUCUCUCAUUGGCUGAGGUCAGUAUGCACUUAAAAAUUUUUUUUUUCGUGAAAAGAUCGAGUGUUUGAACAAUUGGAAAAACAGCAAUGAUGAGGCCAAAACCUAUCAAAUGCAUGUUUUUUUGGUACCCAGAGUGUACCUGUAAAAAACAUGCACUAACACGGGUAUUACUGGAGAUUGGUCUAAGGGACUGAAACAAUUCCAGUAUGUUAUUUGUGAAGAAACAUAAUCUCCGGCCAAUGUUUCUGCCAAUAUUUGCAGCCGUCAUCAAAGGACUAAAUGUUUCUAGCAGUGGAACAGAGGGUCGUUAAACCUAGUUCCAGACAUUUCUAUAACAAUGAUAUGGUUAGUAAUGUACUGAAUAUAAAUUAACAAUAUUAUUAAUGUUAGCUAGUGAAUGUGUGUACUUGAUUACCCUAAAACAUUCUCCUUAAUAAAGAUAGCUAGAUAGAUAGAUAUAUACAUAGAAUUCUCCAGCAUUAGCUAUGCUUCAGGGCCUUGAAUUUAACAUUCAUUUUGAAUUCUCACUUUAGUGAAUGGAUAGAUACAAACAUAAAUACAAUACCGUCCAGACUCCUAAACAACGUUAGCUAGCUGAAAUGCUUUAUGUGUGAAGAGUGUGUCCUUUCCUUUCAUUUUACAAAAAUUGCACAUUUUAAAUGGAAAUUGUCACUGUCUUAAAUUAGCCUUGUUACAUCCCCCUGGCUGUCAAUCAGACAACAGGUCUUGUUACUUCCUGGUUUGUUUAGCUCAGUGGCGGUAAACUCAAAAGGCAGCAAUUGCCCAGAGCACCUGCCUUGCAGAGACUUCUCAUUGAGCUGCAUUGGGAAGUCUGUGAUUGGACAGCCACAGAAAGUCUGGGCGGGGUUAGAAGGGGAGGGCUUGCAAAGGGUGCAGACAAGUAGCAAACAGUUAUUAGAUAUACCAACAAUGAAAAAAAUCAUAAUUAAAUGCCUGCAUGUUUUUGUUGGGGGUAUAUUUCCUAAAGAGUGCUUUUUAUUUAUGCAGUGGAGUGUCCCUCUAACUGACAUUAUAUAAACUAUAUUGUAAUCCUAUUUUUCUGUAUUUCAGUCUAAUUAUUGUAGAGUCCUCCAUCCAGUUUUGGGGUCCGAUAUAUCUAUGACCCUAUUUUAUAUCUAAUGUUUACAUAAUGUGGACGGUCAGAGAGACGCCGGGAUCCUGUCUUUCCAUGUAUUUUAAUUCUGUGUUCCUGGCAUCAGUUCUUCCACAUGGUGGUAGUUUCCUUCACUCCAACUGUCUCAAUAAAUCUCGCUUGUGGAAACAAAGUGUCUCUGCUGAAACCAUUACUCUGCUAUAAGCCGAGAUAUAAGAACAGAACAACACAAAAUGAAUAGAGGUUAUUAUUACUGCAUUAACAAAUAAAACACAAUGACCAAAUAUCCAGCUCAUAAGCCAAACACUAUACUUCAAGGCCUCUCGGCAACUCUAUGCCAGACAUUUUAAUGGAUUGUCUCAAAAGUGCAAUCAGGGCAUGAGAGGAUCGUAACUGCGCUUGAUGUAAACCAUAUGGUGUUUAGUUGUAUGAUUUAUGUACUUUCAAGGUAAAUAAUCUGUGCAGAUGUUCUGUAAUUCCCAGUGGCAACUAUAACGGCAAUAGUGAAGUUUAUCACAAAUGUAAUCUUCUGUAGCUAGUGUAACUAUAUCAUGUCACAUAUAAUGCCAGAUAUUCCAAAGUCUUUCUAAUUUGAUUAUUAUCUUAUUGUUUUUUAGAUGAUGGCAGACAUAAUGUUUCGUAAACAGAAUUAUACAAAAUCCAUAGAACUUUUUCAGCAAGUACUGGAAAAAGCUCCAGGUGAGACUGUACCUUGGGUCUUUAAAUGUACAGAUGUAAUAUAAGUUAGCUCCAUUCUCCAUUUAAUAGCUCUCUAAAAAAAAAAUGUAUUAUUUGUUUUUCCAAUUAACUAUUAAUGAGAUCUCUAAGACAGCGUGAUAUUUAAAUUUAUAUCUCACCUGCCUAAAUUCUCACUAAUCCGAAAUGAUCUUCUAGUUUAUUACAUUCUAUGAGCCAAAAGUCAGUUGUACUAUAAUUUUUUAAAAAUGUUGUUUGUUUGUUUUUAUUGUUGUUGUUUUUUUUAAAUUUUUAUUCAGUGCAAGUCUGUGCUGGCAUAGUUUGGCAUCUGAUGCAAAUUCAAAAUGUUCAAUGAUUGUGUGUGUGUGUUCUCAAGGAUUCUCACCUUCAAUAUUCUCAGAUGUAAUGACAUUUUUCAUUUUUAUAAGAUUUGCCCAGUCUUCCAACAAAUCAAAACAUUAAAAAAGUUAUGUGAGAAUCCAACAUAGGACCACACUGGUUUAAGGAAAAACACCAAUUGGACAAGACAAUUGUUCUGUCUUGUCUCAGUGCUAAAAAGGACAUACCGAGUACUAUAACCACUGCAUCUUAUUGUGCUAGGGCUUCUUGUUUUUGGCAAUACAUAAGUACACCAACUAUACUUAAUGGGAAGUUUCCUUGAAACAUAAGACUGUCCAUUAUACUUUAAAAAAAAUAUAAGCAAAUAAACAAUCUUUAUGCCUAAAUUUCUCCUUGCCACCUACAGUAAUUGCAUGGAGCUAUAUUUGACCAUGUUAUCAUCUAAUUCUUUUUUUUCCAUUGUAGAUAACUUCACUGUCUUGAGUAAGUUAAUUGACCUACUCAGAAGAAGUGGUAAACUAAGCGAAGCACCUGCGUUCUUUGAUAUGGCUUUAGCAAAAUCUUCACGAACUGUGUUGGAGCCUGGAUAUAAUUAUUGCAAAGGCUUAUACUGCUGGUAAAUCAUCCACAUUCUUUGGGACAUUCGGUUGUUUGCAGGAAAUCCUCAUGUUUGGUUAAUUGGGGGAAUAUUUUUGUCGUGGAGUCUAACAGUUGUUUUUGUUAUCUAACUAUGGAUGUAGUGAAGAAUGAAAGAUCCAGUCACUGUGACAACCUACUCCAAAUAAAUUGAUUGAAUUUGCUAGCAAAAGGGCUGGCCCAAGACAUGGUAAUUCCUGGGUUGUAGAUCAAGAGAGGCCGAGCAACAUGGGAGUGAGCUUCGCUUGGCAGUACUUUUCCCCCCUCUAUCUGUCUAACCAUACUCACAGCUCCCUGUGUUGGCCAUGUUAUUGGAAAGUGUGGUCACUUGUAGACCUCGCACUCCAAUUCAGCUGUGCUACAUGACCCUGACUAGCAACACUUUCUAAAGUAUCUCAGGAGACUUUGCCAUUUCACUGUCAGAUUAUAAGUAUGGUUCUCAGCGAUGUCUGCAGGAAUCCAGAAGCUGGGUUGAGCGAAAUCAGGCUUUCUCACUGUUGUAGUUGGUAUUAAUAUAGAAGUUGGGGAAAUAUGAGAUCCAGUCACAAACAUGUCAAUCCUUUUACAAGUGUCUCCAAAAAAGGAGAUGAAACUCAUCAGUCGAAUCUUAAUAUGUUCAUUUUAUUCAGAAGAAACACUUAGAAUGGAUUUAACAGUUGGACCUAUGAGGACACAUGUAGGGAUGUCAUUUAAAAAAAAAAAUCAUUAACUUCAUUCAAUGCUGGUAAAAAAUGAGGAGCAAUGUCUAGUGUGAAUGUCAACACAGAAUGCGAGAUUUAAAAGACAGCAGAUUACUGGUUCAGCAAACUUGCCAUUAAAUCUGAAGCGGUUGGCAUUGAGGAAAAUAAUUUCCUUCAGUAGCACAUAUUUGCUAAUUAGACCAUGGCUUAAGUAAUUAUAUUGAUCCUGUGUUAUUAAAUACAGACAUAACAUAAUAAUGCAAUACAUUUAUAUGUAUAUUGUGAAAAAAAUGAUCUUCAAAAAUGUCUACCCUGACACUUUUUCAUUUAGUUUUUUCCACAUUCUCAUGCCCAAUAGGCACAUAGGACAACCUAAUGACGCACUGGGAUUUUUUAAUAAGGCUCGGAGAGACAAUGAAUGGGGUCAAAGCGCUAUUAACAAUAUGAUUCAAAUUUGCCUGAACCCUGACAAUGUGCUGCUGGGAGGAGAAGUUUUUGAAAACUUGGAUGAAGAUAAAAGGUAAAUAUGUUCUGGACCAUUAUAUAAUCUGAAAUGAUUGGUGAAAAGUGCUAAUAGUAGUAGAGUAAAUAUGCUUACCGUCUAGCGGACACUUAAAACCUCUCUAUAUUAUUAAUCCAACAAAUGUAUUCCAUUCCCAAAUUAAGAUUUUAUCCGAAUAUCCUUAAACUAAAAGAGAAUGAAACUAAAUCCUCAUCAUCUCUGAAUAUAGAACAGAAAGUUGUGUUCGGCUGUCAGACCGUUAAUAUUUCUGUAUUUUACAGUCCUUCAGACGAGGUGAUAGAAUUGGAAAGGCGUGCGGUUCGGACCGCAGAGAAGCUACUAAAGGAGUUCCACCCACGCACUCUGCAGGCCCAGAACCAGCUCACCAUGUUAAAGUGCUGUUGCUUGAUGGCAAGUAAAGAACGGUCAAACAUGGAAACAGCUCUCAGCAUCUUUACAGAAAUGGCCAAUGCCGAGGUAGGUGUCUGCCAGUUAUAUAUGUGGUGGCUUUUCCAUACUGUGUGAAAUUCUUUAACGCAGCAUUGUCUCUUUCAAGCUUUAUGAACUCAUAAAGACAUUGACAUUUCAGUGUAAUCAGAAGGUUUCAGAAGAUACCUUUUAGAUGUUGAAUACUGGAAAAAUGAGGCAAAAGGAUGGCUUCUUAAAGGGUCACUCCAACCAUUUAAGGGGAGGCACCUUUCUUGUGUAACAUGCCCUAUUGGGCACUAUGGUGAAGGUCCCUUUUUCUCCCAAUCCUGUUUGUAAUAUAACCUACAAAUAAAAGAGAUUCACUGAUCUAGAAUCAAGCACUGGCUUUUCAUAGAGAACCCUGUGAUUGGACCGUUUCGCCAGCUCAGGGAGGGGCGGGGCGGGAGGGAGGGGGAAGCAAUCUUUCCUUUGCAUGUUCUCUAGGAGAUAAAGCCCAAGAUGAACAUGAUUCAUCAAACCAGGCCAUCUUCUUCUAUUGCUCCAUGGUCUACUCAGGGAUCAUCAUGGGAACUCUAAGCAGUCUGCAGCUACUCAGCCCCAUGCGCAGCAACCUGCUGGACUAGCCUUCGCUCCCCACGUACAUCAAAGAGCUUUGGACACCACGGCUUUGAUGCCGGUUCACCUUUUGUCUUUUCUUGCACCAAUUUUGGUAGGUAAUAACCACUGGAUACCAGAAAAGCCCCAAAAGACUUUGGCCCUUGUCAAAGUCACUCAGAUCUUUUCGCUUGCCCAUUUUUCCUGCUUUCAACACAUGAAAUUCAAAAACAGACUGUUCACUUGCUGUGUUAUAUACCCCACCCCUUGACAGGUGUUAUUGUAAUGAUAUAAUCAAUGUUAUUUAUUUCAUCUGUCAGUGGUUUUAAUGUAGGUUUUUUUUGUGUGUAUGUGUGUUUUCAGAAUUGUUUCUUUAUUGUGUUUUUAUAUUCCACAUACAUUUUAACAGUUGUGAUAUUGUUUCUAAAGGAAAAAUAGUUUCCUUUUAACUCUGGCAAACUGUAUAUUCUUUGCUUUCUAAAGAAACAUUUUAAACUUAAGUCAUUUGUAAAAUUAAAAAUGCAAUACUACGAAUUGUGCAGAUUUAUAAAAGGAAAUUUGGUUAUAAAAUGCCUUGAAUCUAUAUUCUUUGCCAUACCUCUUGUUGCCGGUGGAGAUUUAUAGGAGUUUUAAAUGGGCAGUUAGUUAUAGUAAGCCGUCAAUUAAGAUGUCAAAUUAAACAAGAAAUAGUAAAACAGACACACAAAUAAAGACACAUCUAAACUGAGUUUUGUUUUUUGUUUUUUUUUAGCUUUGCUGUGGCUUAAAUGUUCUAAUGUGGAUGUCAAGUGACAUAAACCCUGUUGAAAGUCCUAAAGUGAUUAUAUAUUGAAACAUAAAAAGGUGGCAUAAUAAAACAUCACUACUCUAAUAAUUCUGCGUACUGUGCCCCUUAUUUUUCUAGAAAGAAAGUGCUGCCUCUCUACUUGCUGUUGCCCAGGCUUAUAUGAUUCUUAAGCAGACACCUCGUGCCAGAAACCACCUGAAGCGACUGUCAAAAUUUAACUGGUCCUUGGCAGAGGCUGAAGAUCUGGAGAAGAGCUGGUUGCUGCUCUCCGAUAUAUAUAUUAAAUCAGGAAAAUAUGACAUUGCAACCGAGCUGCUGAAACGCUGCUUAAUGUAUAACAAGGUAGGUAGAAGACAGGAGAUGCUGCAAUAUAAUCAUAUUCUAAUUAAGCAGGUACACAUGUUUAUACAUGUCUGUGUACUUUCAGAUAUAGGGCCAGAGCUUCUCCUGGGGAAUAAUGACCUCUUGGCUCCCAUAUUAGGGACAAGUCUGAUAUGCUCAGGGACAUUAUUUCUCUGUUCUGGCUCAUGUAUGCUAGCACUCUUUGACAAAGGCAACAGUCCAGUAUUUCCUUGUGGUGCUACGUUCUGUAAAUGGCCUGAUGACAGCAAAUGUUGAGGUAUAAUGGCAUAUACACUGCAACAAACUCUAGGUCUUCUAUUGCAGGGCAAAAAUCCAGACGUGAUUGUGACAAUCAGAGUCAUAGCUUUAUUCUAUCACAGUCAUAUAAAAAAAUAUAUAUAAAAAGUGUAUGUACAGACGGUGAACAGAGGGGUGACACAUCAGGGGAAACGUGGCACUUUCUCAGAGACUAAUGGCUAUGACCCACAUAGUACACAAAGUACUGGUAACCUUUAUAACUUAUACCCUUCCCAUCGGACAACACUCGAAGCAAGCCACGACGCACGAAUAACAAACUAUCUGUCCGACACGAUCACUAACGCAAUCGGCCAAGACUCGGCGGCCGAGCUCGACACACCGAUUAGCACGGAGGAGCUAGCGGCAGCCCUUAAGGUAUCCAAAUCGGGCAAGGCCCCAGGUCCGGACGGCUUUUCGACUGGUUACUAUAAGAGUUUCUCCAAUCUCCUUCUACCGUGGCUGACCAAAGCGAUCAACGCGGUGGGUGAAGGCGGGAACCUGGGCGCGGAGUCCUUAGCAGCGACCAUUACGGUUUUGCUUAAGCCGGGAAAGGACCCACUACUCUGCGGAAGCUAUCGCCCAAUUUCCUUGUUGAACGUAGACGCCAAGUUAUUCACCAAGGUACUUGCAAGCAGACUCAACCACCUCCUACCGGAUCUGAUUCACGUAGACCAGACUGGCUUCAUCCCGGGACGGGAGGCUAGAGAUAGCACUCUGCGGCUGUUCUCCGUCCAGCAACAUGCCAGAGCAACAAAAACUCGGCUACUCCUCUUAUCAACUGAUGCGGAAAAGGCAUUUGAUAGAGUCGACUGGACGUACAUGAAGGCCACACUACAUCGAAUGGGAUGUGGACAUAGGUUCCUCACUUGGAUAUCAGCUUUAUACAGUAAACCACACGCGAAUGUGAGAGUAAACGGGUCCACGACGGCCGACUUCGCGAUAAGUAAUGGCACCCGCCAGGGUUGCCCACUCUCACCACUUCUGUUCGCAAUGUCAUUGGAACCACUACUCCAGGCGAUUCGCUUAAACCCGGACAUUCAGGGCUAUAACUGGCGAGAUACACACCAUAAAGUAGCCGCGUACGCUGACGACCUCUUGUUUUUUGUGCAAAGCCCUAGGACAACAUUACCCUGCCUGCUCUCGGAAUUCGACAAAUUUGGUCAAAUCUCAGGUUUCAAACUUAACCUCUCAAAAUGUGAAGUCUUGAACAUCACGAUUCCUUCCGAAGAAUACGCAUCCCUCGACUCACAAUUUCCUUUCCGUUGGUGUUAUGGUAAAAUGAAAUACAUGGGAAUCUGGGUGGCCACGGCCCCAGACGAUAUAUAUCGAAUCAACUUUACUCCCCUCAUGAAGUCAAUCGUCACGGACUUGAAUAGAUGGUCGUACCCUCACAUAACAUGGCACGGCAGAGUGGCAGUACUCAAAAUGAAUAUCUUACCGAGAAUUCUCUACCUUAUGCAGACAAUCCCACUGGCCAUACCAAGUAUCUUCUUUUCCUCUCUGAAAACGGCUAUAAUCAAAUUUGUAUGGCGCGGCGAUCGCUCCAGAAUCCGAUAUGACAUUCUCUGCCGACCAAGAAAUCACGGAGGACUCGCACUCCCGGAUAUCAAGAAAUACCAUCAAGCCACGAUGAUGCAACGGAUACUGGACUGGCACCAGGACCCCACAACGAAACAAUGGGUAGAACUUGACAAAGGCCUACUCGGACCAUCACUCGAGAUGGAGAUAUGGGGAGGUGUGAGGGGUCAGGUGUCCAACGAAAAUAGAGGGGGCCUGAUACGACAUACGCUGCUCGGCUGGAGGUCGCUGAGGAACCUGGGCCACAUCUCGCCUACCCCCAGCCCCAUGAUUCCAAUCACGCAUAAUAUGACUUUGGGAGGCGGACUACCAUCAGGGGCAUGGCCUAUCGCGGGCACUAGGGACUAUGUCCCCAUCUAUCAAGUUCUUGAAGGGGGUAGGCUACGGGACCUGACCUCCUUAUUGGGGACAGAACCUAGGACCCCUCUCGCGAUCCUCAGAUACCUUCAAUUACAACACUACUAUAACUCGUUGCCGCACAAUGAUCGCCUGCAUCGCGACCUCACCUGGUUUGAAGGCCUAUGCAUCCGGGGCACCCCACUAGACCACGCAAUCUCGGCGAUGUACCAACACUUACUUAUAGGGGAUAUAUCUCAGGCCUCCACUUUUCGCCGUCAAUGGGAGGAACAACUCGGAAAGGCACUCACACAAGCGCAAUGGGACACGGCAUUACUGUGGCAGCAGAAAAGCUCAAUGAGUUCGUACUACCAGGAAGUUAACUACAAAUUGCUCUCAUUAUGGUACAGGACCCCGAUAUUGUUGCACAGGAUCUUCCCAUCAAUCACCCCACUGUGUUGGAGAUGCCAGGCAGAACGCGGCACACUGAUACACAUAUGGUGGGAAUGUAGGGACAUCGUUCCAUACUGGACGAUGAUUAAGGAAGCGAUAAUUGACAUCCUGGGAGAUAUCCCGGAAUGGAGCGCGGAGCUAGCCCUGUUGCACAUCUCGACGCAACCCAUCAGGACAUACAAAAGAUCUAUAUUACGCCACCUGUUAAACGCGGCUAAAGCUAACAUACCAGCACUUUGGAAACAACGCAACAUACCGUCAAAGACAGAAUGGAUCCGCAGGGUGGAAGACAUAUAUGGGGCGGAAGACAUUCACGCCACCCUGACCGACCGUAAAACGAAACAUACGGAGAUGUGGCUCCCUUGGUUCCUAUUCAUUACCCAAUACAGACAAAGAGCAGAUUCUCCUGAACCCACUAAUGGAGUGACAGCAGACGCUGGUUCCACUUGACGCAGACUAACCCACCCUACCUCCCUUUCUUUUAUACCCAUUCCUUCCAUAUCUCUCUUCACCUUUGCAAUCACUUAACUAAUGGGCUCCGGGUCUCGGGGCUGAGGGAGGGGGCUUAGGGGGAAGUAUUAGUAGACGUGCAAUUUGCUACACCCUCACGUCACGUAUGCUUUUAGUCCUCGCAGGAUCUGAACGAUAAAUCAUGGCUUGGGGAACACGAGAUAUUCUUAGAUACACAUACUACUGUGGUACAAACCGAAGUGAGGGACAAUACAUGUUCAUCACUUAUGGUUGUGCACCGAAAGGACCCACUUCACGCUCACCAAAUGCUAACGCUGGUACACACACCAGUGACGCAGAACAUUCACUCACAUUGACACUCGCGUUGUCAAUACCAACGACAUGUAACUCGCAACACGGGAUAUCAGCGUAUUGCAGGCUCUGCCAGGAUUGGUAACGACGCUGGCCCUCACGCAUGCUAGCUACGAACUGGGAAUACUCCCACUAUUUUUGCGUGCUAGGAUACACCUAGCGACACCAACACGGACCUACGGUCCCGAACCUAGCGGGAGCCAGUGGCUUGCCUUUCAUACAAUGACUUCAAUUACCCGUUUGAAAGACCAGGUAACACAGUGUUAUGUGGCUCCCGCCAUAAAUAGCUGAGAACGACCUCUCCCGACGCAACUCCCGUUUACCCUCUACGCACAUACUGGCUAAGGGAAGCAACCUGUCUGUUACAGCCGUUCCAUUUUAUAUGAUACCACUGUUUCCCCUCGUUGUAUAAUUAUAUUGCUUUUAAAAUGUCUCUCUAGGGGAAGUUAUGUGGAGAUUUGCAUAUCUCAUUGUGUUAUAUUUUGUGUACUAAUAUACUAUAGAAACCUGCGAGUUUCACAUUGUUUACCAACUCACUGCUUACUACAUAGUGAUAUAUCUCAAUCUCAAUAAAAAGAUUUUCAAAAAAAACAAAGUACUGGUACUCCUAGUCUGCCAUCCAGGUCACCUGACACACAUGACAGCAGUAGAUUGCUCCAGAGUGAUGCUUAUUGACUGUCAUGUUAUGGUGCUUAACUGAUGGCACAAGUGAGCAGGAAAAAGGUGAGACAAUGCCUGUUACAUUUUGUCCAUAUUUUACCUAUUUAGUUACUAAAUGCAACGGUUAGUGAGUGAUAUUACCUUUUUCAUUAAAUUACUUUUUUAAGGGUAGAUAUUACAUUUCCACAUGGCUGAUCUGUCCAUGGGGACACACUAAGUGACUCCAUUGGGCUCCAGAUUUCAGGGUGUAAUUUAAUGCCAGACUGGACCACAUAGACCCGUUUUUAGUGAAAAGGUUAUAAGGAAUCCUAUAUCAGGGCUUAUCUCGAGGUGAUCCUUGCUCAUAGGCUAAAUCGCUGAACUAAUAUCCAACCUUUCUACUUUCAGUCCUGCAGUAAAGCAUAUGAAUACCUGGGCUUUAUAAUGGAGAAGGAGCAGUCAUACAAAGAUGCUGCACAACACUACAAGGACGCUUGGAAAUAUAGCAGUCAGUCAAGCCCAGCUAUUGGUGGGUAUUUACAUGCAGGGAAUUCUGGGUACUUUGUCACAUGGUACCUCUGGUGUCUAUCCACAAGAUUCCUGCUUCUGGUCUGAUGCCUGAUUCCAGCAUUGCUUCUCAAACUGACCAUUACAUAUAUAUGUCUAAUCAUCCAAUCAUCCAGCUUGAUGCAGGCCAAGGAGUGCAAUACCCAUUCCUAUGUGUACUGGCUUAUCCCAAGAAAUGCCAGUGUUAGGUAAAUUAGAAUAAAUCUUCAUUUAAUUCUAAAAUAUGGACAUGGUUACUGUUUGGGAUCCAAUAAUAUAUAUGAUACCACUGCAGAAGCAGAAUUUAACGAGUCUGUCUCAUGUUUGGUUUAAAUGCUGGAUUUAUAUCCCAGUCUCCUCUAUUUAUAAAUACAAUCCUCUUCUCACUGCCCCAUCUCUCUCUACAUAAAGGUGAAAGUAAAGUCACUGGCAGCAUGUAAAAGACGUGAUAGGGUGGGAACAGGCAAAUAUAUCAUUCUUUGUUACUAAUGUGACACACUAUACAUAUUUAUUACAGGUUUCCGACUUGCAUUCAAUUAUCUGAAAGACAAGAAAUACACAGAAGCCAUCGAUAUAUGCCACAAGGUGAGACCCGCUAGAUACAGAAAUAAAGUAAAAGGCAAUCUGUUUCUUCUUUAGCAAAUUAACUUGCGAAUACUUUUGAUUUAGGUUCUGAAAGAUCAUCCCACCUACCCAAAAAUACGAAAGGACAUCCUGGAAAAGGCACAAGCUUCUCUGAAGCUAUAAGUCUUCAACUGUAUGUAUAGACUGUAAAUCCAUAGGUCGUAUGUAUGUUAUGGUGGUCACACUGAGUCACAUGCACGGGUGUACACAUGGUGGCAAAUUUCAAGACAAAUUAAGAGCUAAGCUAGAAAAAUAAAUAUGGCCUCCAAUUAAUAUUUCUGGAUAACCUUUUCAAAUGAUUUUAUAUUUUUG